AGAGCGGAGUGCGAACAGCUGUCGCGUGCUCAGUCCUCUGUUUCUGUCUCCACCGUUUCAGUUUUUUGCCCACAACAAUGUCGGUUUUUCAUGUCAUUGCUCGUCUUUUUAUGGGAAUAAACCGAACACUCUGAGUUUGUCUGUUCUCUGGAGUUCCUGUCAUCACCGCAGUAUGUUUGUGAGUUGCCCCCCGCCUGUUGUUUGACCACAGCUGGAGCACCAGCGCCGCACGAGCCGAGAGGGGAGCAGAGGUUCUCGCGCCUCUGGAGAGAGAUGAGGAAGAAGACGCUCUCUGUGGCGGGCUUUUUACUCGCCUGGAAACUAGUUUUGUUACUCAGGUAAGCGUCAUGUCAACAUGGCUGACCGAUGGUGACUUGGGUUAGGUGGGCAGGUAGGUCGACAGGGAGAAAGAAAGAAAGACAGACAAACAGACAGAUCGGUAGAUACAACCAAAAACUUGUUUUAACCCUAGAACACUAUCGCUAAAAUUCGUUACCCCAUCACUAUCACUGGGUAAUUUUUGCCUGAGAUAAUAUACCCAAGAAAAAGUACUUGUCAUCAAAAUAUGAAAUAUGAAAAUGCAUGACAAAUUAAAGUAGUUUUCUUUUAUUUUUAACUGUGCAGUGUCCAAAAAUGAGGAAAAAAGCGCCAUGAUGGGACCAUAUAAAAAUACAACAAAAUAACUGAACGUAGGCAUUCAUGAACAAAAAAUUCCUAAACAUAACAUGUAUAUAAAAUGUAAAUUUAGUUUCUUUUCCACCCAUUCCUGGGGCAUGUGAGUCUUCCCUGGUGAAGACUCAGGGUCCUUGGCACAAUAACAGCUGCAGGAGAGAGAACCAAAAUAUGACCAACUGACUAAAAUAUUUCCUAUCACCAUAUGAAUUCCCUUGAAAAUCACUACUUUGUGAUAGGUAUUCAGAACCACUGCGCUAAAUAAAGAUAGUAUGCAAAUUCCAGGACCACUCUUACUGACCUUUUUCGCCUACAUGCAGCUAUAAAAUCCACCCAAACCUACUUUACCCUGUAUCACUAUUGCGGGUGAAAAUCACCCUGUGGACACGUGCCUGUAGGAAAAAGCAGGUUUUGGAUCAGGGAAACAAAUGCACCUUCAUAGAUGUCAAAGGCAAUGCUGAAGCUACUCAGGGACCCAUGAUACUCAGACAUACGCAACAUAAUGAAAAUCACCCGGCGAUAGUGUUCUAGGGUUAAUUAGCUACACUGAAAUGAAUAUGGCUGUCCUUUACAUUUUUUUUUUUAAUGUUACACAUUGAUUUCGAGUAGUUUGCCAUCUAAUGCACUUACUGUGUAUCAUCAGUUUCAUGCACCUGGGGCCUGAUGUAUCAUUGAGAGAGGUCAUACCCCAAUCAAUAUCCUCAAGGCGAAUAUUAUCUGCCAUAUUUAGCUAAAUAGAGAUAUAUAAGGACUGACAUCUAUGUGGGAGUAUUGCAAGAGAAAUUUUUUUAGCUAUUUACAACGUUCAGAAUUAAUUUUGCAUAUUCUUGUGACUAUAUAAUUAGUAUUUAAGACAUUAGAUCUUUUGGAGUACACAUUAUUUUUCAAUUAAGCGUAUGCCUUCAUACUGUUUUGUUUUCCAUGUAAGGGAAUGAUACUAGUCAUAACUCUUGAGUGCCAGUUUAGUCAAAUUAGAAUUUAAUAAGAUAAUUGCUCACCUUUAGAUUUUGUUACCCCCAGUGUCCAGCUCAUGUCUGAAAUAUCAUUAAAGAUAUGGUUUCCACAUAAAAGCUCAUCAACCGUUCUCAAUACUCGAAUCACUCAGUGGUAUUUUGUCUGGUUGUUUCUCUGUCCAUGUGGUUGUAAGAGAAAAUAUGUCUUCUGACCUUGUUUACAGGCUGAAGUGUUGAUGUGUGUUUUUAACAGUCAGUCUCAGAUGAUGAAGUGAGACACAAUUAAUCAUACAAAUACCAAUUAGAGCACACAGUUUCCAAUAAUAUCUCAAUGAAGGCCUUUUAUCAUUAUUUCUGUGCAAAAUGGACAUCAUUGUUUGAAAGUAGUGGAAACGUAAAAGCAAAUGAAAAGCCCCCUUUGGCAAUUCAGCUUUUAACAGGUUUGACAGUCACUUUCUGAAAAAACUAAAAAGUAAAAUAAGUUGAAUUUCGUACAUGGACAUACUGUUCCAUCAGCCAGGACAGUUUAUGAGUAUUAUGUCUGAAGAUGAAGUAAAGCUAUUUUGUUACUACAACCACAAAAGCCUUUCUGUGGCUGUCAGCAAGAUGACAGUGAGGUACAUGAAUACUGUGCCCGGCGGCUUCCUGGGCUUUUUUUUUGCCAGAAAGCUCUAUUUCUCCUUUUCACUCGUGAAAACAAAAGUUGGUGUUAAAGUAUUAUUUUAGCUUUGACUGUCAUGAUUGCUUAAAGUUUUAAUGUAAAAACGUCAAUUUGUGUGGCUUCAAAAAGUACUUGGGUACAUUUGAGAAAAAGACAGUGAUUUUAAUGCAAACACAGGACAACAAGAAAACUGAAAGGUUUGUAAUGGAAGUCAUAUCAGGCAAAAUAAUUUAUCUUUGGCUUUUGGUCUUGCAUGGUUGUAGCUUAAGACAGGUACCAUUCAACCACACAACUUCUUCAAGGGUUUUGGAGUCACAGACUGUAAAUAUGGGAAUACAUAGUCUGUUUAUUUUUAAUAUUUUCCUCAUACAGUUAUAACUUAUUCAUCAGAAAUACCCAAUCAAAAGAAAAAGCUAAUUUUUAAUAAUUAUUUCUGCUUAACAGUAUUUGCCUUCUUCAAAGAAUCUGGUUUCCUGCCAUUGUCCAUUGCCCAUUUUGUUGCUGCACUUCUGAUAAGGCUGUAUCCAAUGAAUAAUGAGUGAAACACAGUGGUUUGGAAGCUCUUUAUUGGUUUAAUAUUUGUGUCAGUCAAGAUUCUGAGAUUGGAGUCUUUAUAUAUAAACAUAUACUUUUUUUUAUCAUCAACCGAAGGCAAACAGGAACUUGCUUUAUUGGCACAUGUGCAAUACAUGUAAACAUCAAUUGUCGUGUGCAAGAGAGUCAACUUAAGUUUGUGCUGUCCACAAGAGAUGUUCACUUUGGAGGGCUUUUUUCAAAAACAUCUGUUUUCAGCAACCUAACACUGUUUACAUGUAGACAAGAAGUGAAAAUAUAAGGAAAAUGUAAAAAAAUAUCAGCAAACGCUUGACUUUGUUCUCAAUAUAGAUUAGAGUCAUGUAUCAGUUCAACCAGUUAAAACCAUAGACUGUAUGUACUAUGGACAACUUGGUUCCGCCUCCCGCCUGUAUACGGAUUUGAAGCCAAAAAGCUCUCGGUAUUUCCAGGAUUUUUCUUCAUUUCCUGAAACCAGCGCUGCGCAGUAGCAUUGUGCACAUUUGGCGGGAGAGUCAUGACAGAGAUCAGGACGUUUUAUAUUUUUUGAGGUCACGUUUCCUCCGUUAUUUUAUAUCAGAUCUCCGUUAAACAGUGGUGUGGUGUGGUGUGAUGAGCUCCUGUGAAAGCUGUUGCUUUGUGAACACAGGUGGGUCUGUGUGGAUGAGAGGAGACAGGUGUGUAGAUGAGGGAGAUUCUGGUGAUGAAGUUACAGUUAAUAUCGAUGUUUACUUCAGAUCACUGCUCUGUGUGUGUGCGUAUGUGUGUGUAACGUUGUGAAGGAUCUUGUUUCCGGGGAAACAGGACGUUUUUCCUGCUUACUUGGUCGUUUGAGUCGCUGGGACAAAAUAGAAGGAAUCUUUUAUUGACACUUGCCAUGCCGUGCUGCAGCUUCUGGAUGUAAAUUGGUCUGUUUCCAACUGCUUGAGACUCUACAUCUCCUUUGUACUAAUAGCCGGUGAGUCCCCCCCGCCUCCCGUCCUGUGCUCGCGCCCCCCCAGGAGGGUGUCCAUGCCCCCCCCCCCGGUUGGGAACCACUGAUCCAUCAGAUUUAGAUUACAUAUAGAAGAAGUAGAAAAUCCAGUGUGUUGGAUACUUUAUCAUGAGAAUCCUCCAAAUUAUCUUGCAGUUUUUGAACAGCAUCAGACAGUUCGGUCAAAAGCAGCUAAAAGGCUUUUUGGGAUUAGAAGAAACAAUACCGAUCAAACCCAGAAGAUUGACACUUGUGAUACACCCUCUCCCGUCUGGUUUAGAUCUGCAGGAGAUCUGCAGAAGAUUUGAUGGUAGCUCCCAAAUCACACAAGGCUGGAGUUUGUGCACAGUAAUGUCCCAGUAGUUUCAGCUGCACAUCCUUUGGAAAUAAACCAGCUUUUUGUAUUUUUUUUUCCUCCCUUUAACUUUGACAUACUUUUCAGUUUUUUUUUCUUUCAAUUCCAGGCUUUCUAAAAGUAAAACACAUGUGGAUUCCCAAAAGUUUGAGCGAGCUCUAGCAUAAAAAAAAGCCGCUGAAAAGAUCAAAGCCACAGUAAAUCUUCUUAGAGGGUCAUGGAUGGAUUCAAAGACAAAAUUUAACAGGCUUAAAGUCUGUCAUUCAGCUGGGGCUGGACGGGAUCUGCCUCCUGCUUGUCAUUCCUGUAUAAUUCUCUGUGUCUUUGUUUCUUCCUCUUUCUCCCUUUAUGGUCCCUCUUUUUUCAGUUUCUUUGUCUGAGUGAUGAGUGGUGUUAUACAAGGUUUAUGGUCAUGUCAAACGAUAUCUCUGGCCACCGAGCAAUUAACAGUGAACUGCCUUGAUAUGAUUGUAUGUGUAUGUGUGUGUGUGUCUAUAAAAUUAGCAGGUUUAUUUUGAUCCUUUAUGCACUGCCAUGUUUAUAGUGUAGUGAGACAUUUUCUGUGAUUUCUUAGUCCUAAUUUAGUCAUUUCUGUGCUACAUCACAUGACUAAAAAGGGUGACUUUGAGGAUUUAUUAUAACUAAUUGUGAGAAUCUACACACACACUUUUAAAGGUGCGUUUAAAGGGUAAGGAAGGCAAAGUAACAAGUGACAACUUAACAUACCGAAUAAAUGAGAGAAAUGAAUCUACUGUGAGAGACACUCUUUGUUUCAGUGUGAAUGUGACUUUGUUAAGUUAGGCAACCGUUUAAAGAGUCAGUGUACCUUCAAGGUUGUUAGGGAUCAAAGGCCUCCUGAGGUUGUACCACACGAAUAAGUCCUGAAAACCACAUUUUUUUAAUCUCUGCUUUUCAACCUGUCUUUGUCCACGGGUAAACACAGAGUUCGAGCUCAACGCAAUCAGAGAUUUGGGGAAAUGUCCUCUAAAGCUGAGCCGCGCUCGACACGCUUCAGACAGAGUUAGCAGUUAAAAGUAAACGGAGCUGAUACAUGUCCUGUAUACGAUGCUGCAUUGAUUAGAAUGGCAGCCGACGGAACACACUCAAUACGGAUUCUGUAUGUUUCAGCCUGAAGGCGGAGAUUUUUGAAAAUAAAAAUGUCACAUGGACAGCAAAAAUAUAAGUUUUGUGAAGUUCUGGCAUCAUGAAGGAUCAUGUUGGUGUGAGAGGUGGUGAAAAGCUGCUAAACAAGUUGUUAGCAGUUGCCACACUUCUAAUAUUUUGCAAUUCCUGAUGCUUAAAGAUUCGUUUUUCACCCCACAUGAAGCUGUACAGAAGUUAUCUGAGACGGAACACAGAUGUUAUCCGGCUAAUUUUCCUGCUAAAAGAGCUCAUAAAGUUGGAGAGUUGGAGGUUCAUCUAAAACAGUGAGUUUUAACUUGACCCAACACUGUGGAUGUAAAUUAUCAUAUCAAAGACUGAGGAUUGCAUAUUAUCACGUCAGUCAAAUUGAGGAUAAACACAAGAUGACUUUGGAGAAAGGUGAAGUUGUGAAGGAAGAUCAUGAAGUGUACACUCUAUAAGCAAACUGUAUGUUUAAGCAAAAAUACUAAAGCUUUUGAGGUUGUAUUGGCUGGAGUUCAAACAGAUUAACCACCAAUGCUGACGCCAGCUCUGCUUUCAUACCAUUACACUGUAUGGGGCGCACACAGUCUUUGAAAUAAGCUAAAAGUGAACAAAGUAUAUUCUUUAAUUUUACUGCACCGACUAUAAUCUCAGUCAUGUUUAUUUGAUGUUUUGGAGAUGACAAGCUACAAAAAUCAUGAACUGAACAAAAGAAAGUCCUGAAUGUAAGUAGGUAUUUUAUUUAGAGAGAUUUCUUAAUUAGUUGUUGCAUUAUGCAGCGCACGCACGCACACGAACAGAUCGGUCUCUCUUGAAUGUUUUAAAGUUCCUUUUGUCCCGACUCUCCAUUAAAAGCCUUCAUGAGCCUCUGGCCUCAGUUUUAACUUUUUCAGAUUGUGUUUCCAGUGUGCUAAAUACUGUUUCAGAGGCCUCCCCACCCAGGAGAGAGAGGGAGGGAGAAAUAAAACCUUCUGGGCAAACACUGAGUACCUCCUAAAAAAAUAAAGAAAAUGAAAAAAACAAAACACUAAGUGGUAGGUUCAGUCCAGGAUAUUUCUAUCUUCCCCACAGAGAGCGAGAGAGAUCACAUAAGUAUGCAUGGCUGAAUCAAAAAGAUAAUUUUUGUCCUUUACACUUGAAUUAAAAAAGAUAAAUAUUGUGGAGAAAAAGUCCCACAUUUAGAUUCAUUUUAGUUGCUGAAAAAGUAAAAUGUCAGGAGGAUUUAGAUGAAUAUGGUGUUUUUGGACACUGUGAUCUUAUCUAAGUUUAACCUAAGUAAACGUCUCUGUUCCCUUUGAAUAAUAAAUUUACUUUAGUGCCUGUCUGUGAUUUUACCCUCAUCAGUCUUAAAAAUGAUGCCCCUUUUUAUAUGUACUGUACUUUUUCAGUCUAUUAUGUGAUUCAUACAAAAAUACAACACAUUAAAAUAAUUUAAUUUACACAGGCCUAGUUUGGGGGUAUUUAUUAGAAAAUUUGGACUCUCUGACUCAAACACAAUACUCCAUUACCCUCCAGCUGUUUAUAAUACUUUUUGUCAGCAAUUUUUCUACAAGGUCAGGCUAUUUACUGUGUUUUUGUACAACAUUAAAAUUGUUGCAGUAAACCUUCUCUCAGUUUUGUUGUCUCACCCACAUACGCCGCACUGACAGCUCUCCUUUCUUUGGCCAUCACUAAACGAGAACGAGAAUUAAAAAUGGCUGAAUCAGAAGCACGGCUGAGUUGACUGACAGGUGGGCGCACCGUAGCUGUUUGUAAGGAGGCUAAAGGCCUGUCUUUGGAAGGAAGACUGAAAGUUGGGUUGAGUCAGCACUGCUGACAGGCUUUGAAGCUGCUGUACAAACAAAAGGAAUAUGUCACCAACGCUACAUCCAUUGAGUAGAUAGUCCAUGGAGAAGAUGGAAACUGGCUGCUGAGGAGGAGGGUUGAGGCGGAGGCAACACCAGAAAAGUCAGCCACAGGGCGCCAAUAAGAUUCGCUGUUACUUUUUUGGAGGGGAGAGUCGGCUUCAGCAUAGCUACAGUGCUUACCACUAGGGAUGGGAAUCGAGAACCGAUUCUUGUUGAGAACCGGUUCCGAAUGGUUCAAUCCAUCGACAUCAUUUACAUUUUAUCUUAACGAUUCCCUAAGCGAUUCCUUUCUUCUGGGUGCCUCAAAAAACGGUCUUGCCAAAGCCAGUCUACGCGAGAGACUUUUAGGGAAAAAAUGGUGGAUGGUAUGAAAAGUAGGCAGAAACAGUCUUAAGAGCCGCUUCAUUUUACUAAAAAAGACGACAACAGCAUGACGUGUAACAUUUGUUGAGCAGUGAUAACAUGCAAAGGUGGAUACACCAGCGACAUGUUUAAACAUUUGUCAAUGGGGCACGACAUCAAAUAUUAAGGAGUCACAUGUAUUCGCACGUAUGCACUGUCUUUGGGAAUUCAGAAUAUGCAUUUAACUGAGUUAGAAGUGCAUAAAAAACACUCGACCCGACCUAAAAAAUACUCAGAAUUUUGCGCACAACUCUGCCCUACAUAGUAGUGUCCUUUUUUGGGGGGAUUUAGAAUAUGGUCACCCUAACAUAUAUCCUGUGUUAACAUAAGCACAAUGCACGCCAGACUUAACAACGUAGUAUGUAUUUGGCUUAUGCUGCAUUCGAGUUACCUCAGAAGUCAGACGUCGGAGCUGGGAAUGACGUCACACCCGAGUCACUAGCGUUUCAGUUACCAAGUCAGAAAAAAGCAAAAUCAGAGGCGGAAACUUGAUGUUGCAGAAGGACGGCAUAUUUGUCCAGAGGUUGCUUAUAUUCGGACAAGGCAAGCGCUAAAAUAACUUUUGUAGAUGUAGACAUCUUGUUUCUGCCUCCGACAUCUGACCUCCAAGGUAACUUGAACGCAGGAUUAAUACUGAACCAAGUAAAUGCUGUAAAAAUAGUUUGCUGUUUGAUUAUUUCUAGCCUCUAACUGAAGGUGGCAUACAUCUUUUUCAGUUAAAUUUUGAUUUACAGUGAAAACCUAUAGUCUACUUUUUUUAAAAAUCAAAGAAAGGCAUCAAUAAGAAAAUUUUUAAAAUUGAUCGAUAAUGGCAUCGAUAUCGAUAAAAUUGUAUCAAUUCCCAUCUCUACGUACCACCAUAAACCUAAUGCAGCAGAAUAAAGCAGGCUUGAUGAUGCAGUUUGAAUAAACUUUGCAAACUUAACGUCUCACUCUCAUUCUCCAACUCAUGCACGAUUAUUUGACUUGGAACAUAAUUUGCAUGUCUGCAGCGCAAAUAUUUAAAUGUACUGAAAAGAUUGUACUGACAUCCGAGUUUAAAUCAGCGUAAAUGUGGUUCAGAAGCUGCAGAAUCUUAAAUCUAAUUUAUUAACACAGGGGAAAUAAAGCAGGACAAACAGGAGCCAGAGGCCUCAGUGCUCUCUAAUCUGUCAGUUCAUGCACUCUGUGUUUAUCUUACAUUUCAGAGCUCUUAGCCUGUAGUAAUUCGAUAAUCCAGUUAAAAUGAUGCAAUGUAUAAACAGAUAGGAAUUGAGAUAAGAGAGGUCUACAUUUACCAGCAUCAAACUAAACCAGACAUGUUCAGCAUGUAGACAUAUGACGUCAGCUGGUGUAAUCUCCCAGAGCAACACUGCGAAUGAUUCAGCCGCCCUGAAAAAAGAAAACGAUGCUAUAAAUUGCAUCAUGAGAGCUGAAUACAUUUUUAUGCAUGACAGUGACAGGUUUAUCCUGUUAAAACUGGAUCUUAAUACCUUAGCAUUUAUACGUGGUAUUAAGUCUUACAUAAAAAUAUAAUGGUCUGUAAACUAUACACAAAGUCAAACACGCAUAAGAAUCUGUUAUAGAAUCGUGACAUUGUUACAGUCUUUAAAAGGGGGGGUAUUAUGCAUUUUUUUCAGACUCUAUACUUCCUUUCUGAUUCCUCUUUGAUAUAUUUACAUAAUUUUCAGAUAUAAAAAAAGGCCUCAAAUUUCUCACAGUGGUAUGUUCAAAUAUCAUUUUUCAGCCUUUGUCUGAAACGCUUCACUUUAGGUACUGUCUCUUUAAGGCCCUUCCCUCCACAAGCCCACUUUCUUCUGAUUGGCCACCUCUCUGGAGGCUUUCUGGAAGUGUCACCUGACCGAUGUUUGAGGCAGGUCGUUCUGCUUUGCCGAAAGCUCAGUUAAACCAGUAAAGAUGGCCGUUAAUUCUCACGUAAGAAUUUUAUAAAAUCUCGCAUCUUCUCACAUUCGUCUGAGAUUCGAGCAGUUUACGUCUAUUUUCUAGGAUGACGACAAAAUACGUUUACCUUGUGAUUUGAGACUUUGCACACAUCUAGUAAGGUCACCAAACACAAAAAGGUUUGUAUUGUUCCAUAAGUAUUGUUUAAUGUUUUUCAUCAAAAUAAGAUUGGAGCAUCGAAAGUGUAUGUUGUCAGUUAUUUCAAAAAAAGGUAUCGGACGAAAUCGGUAUCGGCAGGUCAAGCUUUUUAAAGAUCGGUAAUCUGUGAUUGGCCAGAAAAUUGUGAUCGGUGCACCCCUAAAAAGCAUAAUACCCCCUUUUAAGAGACUUAACUAAAAAAAUAGAUAUAAAAAAAGUUUAAAAUUUUAGUCCAGCCCUUCAGUUGCUUGUUCUGCAGCGUGAUGUGAAUGCACCGUUUUAGUAUCUCCACUGAGAGUUCAUCCACCAAAGACAUUUUUUCCCCGCUUUUAAGCUUUGGCUUGCUUUCCUUUCUCCCACUUUGGCUGUCCUAAUUGGAGUCCAAUAUUUUCAAGACUUUGAGAUCCUCUGGCUCCCAUACUUUGGAAACUGAGCCAGUUAAACUAUCAGCGUGUUAAAAGCAGAAACACUGAAGCAGUUUCUUUGUCAGUCUAAUUCUUUCUGCUAGUUUGAUUAUUCCUGUCUCAUUCAGACCAUGUGUCAUCCUAUUUAUUCUUAAUGUGAUUCAUAAAUGGUGAGGAGGCAGAGCGGCAGAGUUUUGGAUGUACUGUAAUUUACUGAUAAUUUUGGAGGGUAAACCAUACAAGAUACUAUUACAGUAAUUGAUUGUGGAUGUGAUGAAAGCAUGGAUUAGAGUUUCAGCAACGGAGAGGGAGAGUGAAGGUCGGAUAUGGGUAAUAUUUCUGAGGUGAAAGAAUGCGGUGCGGGGUAAUGUGAUUAACAUGCAGUUGGAAUGGUGAAGAUUACACCAAGGAGACGGAUGCUGGAUGAUGGAGUCAGGGUGGAAUUAUCAAAACUGAGGCAGAGGUUCUGAGGUGAUUGAAUGAGUGAUUUAGGGUCGAUUAUUAUAAUGUGAGAGUUCAGUCGAAGGAAGUUGGUUUGAAUCCAUGAUUUUAUUUAAGUGAGGCAGGUGGAAGGUGCAGAUUAGGUGGUUGGAGUGAUGGAUUUGUUGGAAAUGUAGAUCUGGAUGUUGUCAGCAUAACUGUGAAAGUUGAGUCCAUGUUUAAGAAUUCUAAAGCUUUAAGUUAGAGUUUGUUCAGAGGAGGAGAACAUGUCGGCUUACUGCCAUGGUUUGUUUUUAAACCUUGUGGUUUUUGACCAAGCAAUUUUUUUUUUUUAAUUGUAGCUUUCCCACAGAAAAGAAAACGCAGGGAGACACAAAACCCCUUUGACAUCUAAAAUGAAGAUAACAUUGCAUAUAUUGUUUUUUUACCUUCAUGCAAAGUAUAGACCCUCCAGGAAUCUGCAGAAAAAAAGUGUUGAUUCCGCGGAGAACAAUCCUGAUUCUGCCGAGAGCAAUUCUCGAUUCCACGGAAAUCUGUGGCUUGAAAGUUGAGAUUCGGCAGACAUUAAAAAGACAGCCUAAAAUUUCCAGUUCUGAAGCAAACGUAUUUUUUCAUGUCAUAAUAAAGAAAGAAAUAUCUUAUGAAAUGAAUUGCAAAACCAAAACACUAUGAAACGCUCUCAUAAAUAAUCAAUCAACAUCAAUAUUCCUUUUGUCCCCCUUAGGCAGAUUUAUUUGCAGCAACUUCAGGAAUAAUAUAGUGCAUAUUAUACUGUCUCAAAAUGGAGCAACAGUCAGAUAAUAAAUGUAAACAAAUACAAGUGCAGAAUAUUUCACCAUACUAUCAUGGGUGAUGGCAUAGGAACACAAACGCCUGGAGCUGUGAUUCUCACAUACAAAAAUAUACAGCUUUGCUGCUGGUGUCGUAGGAUUUUGUCGGAGAAAGUCCUCCAUUUCAAGUGUCGCUGGAGCUGCUCGCUGUCACUCAUCAUACGCUUUGUUUUUUACUCCAUUAAAAAUAUGCCAUCCGCUCUACAGCCCACCUUUCCAUCUGGGAUCCUCCUCACACACGCACCAGAUCGCACCAGCAACCAGGCGACGCCAAACCUUUCUGCAUUCGGCUGUGAGUUCCCGUUCCCGUCCAUCUGACCCGUCUACCUGACCCAACAUCGAGCAGCCAGGAUGAAAAUUACAUGUAAAAUAUAAUAUUCUGCACCCCGCCUUGUAUUCCGAGGACUACUUUAAUUUCCACUGAAUCGCAGAUUCCUGGAGGGUCUAAAAGUAAAUAAAAAAACUGUAGUGAGCUGCAUUUCUGAAAUAAAUGAACCGCUGCAGAGAAAAAGAAAUGAUAUUUCUGCAGGCAAACAAAAAUAUUUUAAACAGUUUGAAAUAACCUUAAAAACCCACUUAAAUGAAAAUCACGUUGUUCUUGUCUACAUGUUCAUAUAUCAUUUUCCUGAUGCUACAGGACAUAUAAGUAAUAUAAGUGUGAAAUUGCAUCUCUGAGUAUUUCUGCAUUCACAUCAGCGUUAAUCUCUGGCAGACCCAAACGGUCUCUCAGCCACACUCGGAGGAGUAGAGAGGAUGAUCGCGCAACAAGCGUGUGCGUUGAUUAAAAUAACACGACUUCACUGAACAAUGUAAGAUCUAUAUUUGCAAAAUAAUAGCUGAUUAAAAUGUGAAAUUUACUUGCUUAAUGUGACUUUCGCUCCUGAACCUCAGCGCACAGCGUCUCCACAUCCAGGCUGUGUGACGUCACAUUCAUCUUCACACAGGUUUUCAGUUUUCCCAAAUCAGCAGUUAUGAUACUUAUAAAAUUUAACCUGGCUUAUUUAUUGUUACAAGAGCAUUAUAAUCUUCGAAUUUAGAAUUACAAAAAUAAAAUAAAACAAAUUUAAAUGAAAUAUUUAUUUAUUUUCCAAAUCCACAGGGAGCCGCAGCUUAGGGAAGAAAGAGCCGCAGGUUGCUGACCCCUGCUCUAGCUGAUACCCGUCAUUGUUAAACAGGAGUCAAACAGCUACAGUUUUCAAAUUAAAGAUUUUCAAUAAUCAAAGAAACUCUUCACUUAACCAGACAACUUUGCUUAUUAUUUGGCAACCCGAUUAAUUGUCCGUCUCGGUUCUUCUAGUUUAAAAGCUGUUCGAUUGUUGUGUCAAGAUCUUCAGUCUCUGCUGCCUGGAUGCCAACUUUGAGCCUGACCCAAUGACCCCUGGAUGUUCUUUCUCAUUGAGGCGCCGAUUCAAUGUGUUUGAGAUUAAAACCACCCCAGUGUAGUUGUUAUUGUUUUAUGUCACUGCUGAUGUAUACGCCUGUUGAUUGUUGGGAGUCUCAUGGGUGGUGGCGACUCUGAACGUCUGCCAGUCUGUGCUCUCAAAACAGUCCAACAGAGAUGCCGUAGCUGUCCAUAUUUGGACUGCUUUUGUGAUUGCUUAAUUAGCCGGAAGCAAGUUGGCAGGAAAAAUAUGAAGAGAUGGACUUAAAUGGGGCAAGCUUUGUUAAGCUGCCAGACAUGCUCAAGCAUUUAUAGUCUAGGGUAGUGGAACCUAACAAAUAUCAUGUAAAAUUUUCAUGAUCUCUUAACGCUGUAUUUUGAAAGUAUUAAGAAUUUAAAGUUUAUUUUGAAAAGGGUUUCUAUGACAGCCAUUACGAAUCCACUGAGAGGUUUUGCAAGUAGGGGUGGACAGAAUUACAACCAAAACAAUGUUGGAUGCUGAGAAAGCCACUUGGUAUCUUUCAUUUUCUAUACACAAGCCAAUAAAAGGGAGUAAUUGUAGGUUGGGUCAAUGUUCGCCAGUAAGUACCAGGUUGUUGCCAAAGUUAAAAUCCUCACCAACUAUCUUUUCUCGGGCUGUAAAGUCCGAGUCCACUGGUUGACUUAUUGGUCGAUACGUGCUGAGUCGACCAAACUUCUAAUUUUUUUCCACGUCAUUUCACAGUCUAUGGUUAAUUUCAUCAGGAGGAACGUACCAAAUGUUAAUUGGGGUGUUUUCAGCCUUUUAGCCUUUUCUGUUUAAUUGCCUCCUUGUGCUGAUAUCAGUAUAUUUUCACUCAGCCGAGCUGGGUUGUCCCCUGUCACAGAAGGGUUUGCCGUCGGAGUCGGAAAAAUCUCCCCCCUUUGUUAGUCAGUUUUUGGUAACAAAAAUUUCAGGGUUUUAGUCGACCAAAAAUUUCUUUGGUUGAUUACAGCCCUGGUCUUUUCGCUACAGCAGAAUCAUAGAUGGUGUAUUUAUCUGUCUGAUUCAGUGUUACGACAGAGCUCCCCCUGCUGGCUAAUCAGUAGAGGUCAUAAACCCUGUUUUAAAAAGAGGCCAAACUACAAAAUGAAAAGGUGUUAAAUUUUACUCUCUAUCAUGAAAGUUCUUAUCAUGCUGACUAGAGGAUGACAUUUUUCGGGAAUUCACGUGAUUCCCGCAGGAAUCCCACGGGACGGGAGUCAUUUUUUAAUUAAUCUUGUGAUCGGGACGGGACGGGAAAAAAAAGCAACGGGAGCGGGAACAACAUUAAUAGAUGAUCAUUUUCAGCCGUGUUAAACAACAGAUGCGUCCAUUUUUGUAGUCAUCACUCAGUGAGAGCUGACACUCUUGACCGCGCUAGCAACACAAAAGAACUUGAACAGUGGUUUGACUUCCUGCCUCCACCGGAAGUGAAAAGCGACUUGGAGUGGCUGCUGGUGUCGCCGGGAGCGACUGCAGCUCCGACUUGGCUGCCACGUUUACCUAAACUAAAAAAAAUGCAACGUUUUUUCAACAUGUUUGGUUUUAUUCAGACGGGAGCAGGACAGGAGUGGGAGUAAUUUUGAGUGGGAGUGGGAGUCAUUCUACGGGAGUGGGACAGGACAGGAUUAAUUUUUUUACUCCAGUCCGGGAUUGGGACGGGACAGGAUUUUUUUCUCUGGGAGUGGGACGGGACAGGAGUGAAAAUCCGCUACAGUGUCAUGCUCUAAUGCUGACUCAUGCCCAAGUUUUUGUUUUUUCGGACAAGUUUAUUCUGACCAAGUUUUUUUAAAGGAGCAGAUGCGAGGUGGAGGACAGACAACAAACAAAACAAACAAAAAAGAGUGAUUGACCUUUCUCUACCUGUGAGUGUGUGCUGUGAGGGAUCUCCCGUCGGUUCGGUGUAGGUUUUAGUUUGCAUUAGUGUGACGUCAGUCUUGCAUCGCCACCAGCCAGGUCAUGCCUUCGUCAUGUGCUGAUGAUUCACCAGCGUGAAUUUUGGUGAUUGUAGAAGCGAUUUUUGCUCUUAAAACUCUGAAGUUUGACGUUCUCCAUUCUGUGUACAGUGAGUUGGCAGAAUCCAGUGCUAAACAACAAUAACCCUGAAUCUCUGCACUCGGUGAGGGGCUGAUGAGCUGCUAGGUAGCAAACUAUUCCUGUGUGCAUGUUUGAAAUCAGCCCACGACUGGGGCGUACUGUGCAGUUUGGAGUUUUGCCUGGGAGGAUGACCUGUGUUUAAGGUAAAAAGGAAAAGAGCCUGCAGUGCAUGAUCACAUAUUCCAAAUCUGGAGAGCAGUGGUUUGAGGUUGGGGUUAUGUCAGUGCACCAGCUGAUGACUUAGCACCGUGUUGUCACUCACACAGAGAUGCUAAAAGUCGAGUCACUGGCGUGUGCUCUAAUUAAUCAUGACAUGUUUUGGCGAAGAAGAAUACAGACAUUCAUUCAUUAUUUAACCCUGCUUUGGUUGUUGUUUGCUAGGGAAUAAAUCAUAAAAAGGGACCAUGGAGGCUGAGUGGAUGUUGUUCUGGUCAUUUUUCUUCUGUUCGACAGAGGAACACUUUCACCUCUGGAAGGCUUAGAUUGACUUUUAGUGUUUGAGAAACUUAAAACCGAGGGCCCCCGUAUCCAGCUGAAUAAUUUGUGACCCUACAAUGGGAACAACGGGCUUUAUGUGCGACACUGUUAAGUCAGAGUGAAGAAGAUAACAUAUUAAAGAGAUUAAUUAGCUGGUAUGGUUGUGUUAUAAAUGUUUCUCUUCGUAUCCUGUUAUGAUCUGUGCGCAAGUUGCCGAUGAUGUAGUGGUUUGCUGUGAUCUAAAGUAUAAAUAAUGCCGGUCAUUCAUGAGGUGGAGAGAGCAAAGAAAGACAACUUUGUUUUUCAUUUGUUGGAAUCACCAAAACAAAAUUAAAAAAAGAAAAAUAAGGACACAAUAUUAGCAUUAUAUGUCAGCCGUUAGCUAGCCUUCUACUCACUGUUGAUAUCAGCAUCUGUUCUGUAAAACUGUGCUUAGUUGUUAUGGGUAACUGGCAUGGUGAAUACAGAUAAUAAUUGAAUGAGCUGCACAGCUGCACAAAAGCUGCACAUUGUGGACUUUGCUUUGAGAGUGGGGGAUAAACCUACGUCAUACGGGGUGGCGGGAGAUGAGCUAGCGCUGUUUUGGGGGCUGGGAGACAUGCUUAAGCUAGCACUACGUACCAUCUUUUUGAAGAUUGCAGAUAUUUUUAAUUGGGGUUUUGAACAUUCAGGGACAGUUCGAUGAUUCGUGACCAUAUUUUAAAUUGUUUUGUUGUCAGCAAACAUGAUGGAAAGGUGCCGGAACGUCAAAACAAUCCUGUGCAAAACCGGCAGGGUAUGAGUGGCAAGCACUUGCGACCAGAAUGCCAGAAUCAGUGGUGCUGACGUGCCGCGCCUCUGAACUACGUUAGCACUUCAGUAGCUCAGGAGGUUGUCCAAUAACCGGAAGGUCGGCGGUUCGAUACCCCCCUAUUCUGAGUCUGUUCGUUCUGUCCUUGGGCAAGACACUUAACCCACUUUGCUCCCAGUGUGUGUGUCCUCCACUGGUGUAUGAUUGUGAGUGUUGUGUGGUGGUGGUCGGAGAGGCUGUAGGCGCAAACUGGCAGCCACGUUUCCGUCAGUCUCCUUCAGGGCAGCUGUGACUACGAAGGUAGUUUACCACCACCAAGGUGUGACUGUGUGAGUGAAUGAAUGAUGUAUCCAAUAUAAAGCUCUUUAAGGGUCUCUGAAAAAGCGCAAUAUGAAAUCUGAUGCAUUACAAUAAUUAUUUAGUACGCCUGCGUGUUGUGAGAUGGAGAGAGGAGUGAGCGGAGAGCCUCGCUUGUCACAGAGGAGUGGAGAGAUAUAUUUUUCUUGAAAUUAACGAAACGAUUGCAAGCUUUAGAGUCUGAAAUUGUGCAAAUUAUAUUUUAUGGGCCUCCUCGCUGGGUGAAGCAACUCUGAUAACAGCACCCUCUGGUGACGGGCUGCAGUAUAGGUCAUAAAUCCUGCCUCCGCCAGCAAAUCUUAUAGGGGUGUGGACAAACUUUAGAGAUUUAUUACACAGAAUAUAAAUGUUUCUCUGUAGUUAUUGUAAGACCGGUUUGUGUUUAAGUCCUCUUUUUUCUGUGCUGCUCCCUUUUCAAAAGUUAUUAGGUUUUUUUUUUUCUAUGAUUGACACCUGAUACAACCUAUUGGUGUUAAAGGAUAGUGUUUGAGCCGAGCGUCAUCACAGCGACACUCCCGCCAAAUGCGUACAACGCUACUGCGCAAUGUUGGUUUCAGGAAAUGAAGAACAAUCCUCGAAAUACAGAGAGCUUUUUGGCUUUAAAUUCGUGUACUGGCGGGAGGCGGAACCAAGUUGUCUAUAGUAUACAAGGCUAUGGGUGGGGCGCUCUGCCAAAACCACUAUCGGUGAAACACUGUCAGGACCUUAUUUUUGUCACUCUGAGAGAUCCUCCGAACAAGACACGUGUGACUCGUACUUUGGGUUUUAGAGUGAGUUCAUGGACAGCCUGAAUUUAUGCAUAAAAACUUCAAAUGAUUGAAAUCUAUUACCAGCUUUAAUUAGAAAUAAAAAACAUUGAUUAAAAUUAUAAAUAUUUACAUCAACAAUAAUAAACCUGUGGAUAAAAGCUUUAAACCCACUGACAUGUUCAGUCUGAUGAAAGGACGAUACGGUGGUGAUAAACUGGGAUUAAAUGGCAGCCUGAUGUAUCAACAUUCCUGUAUUACAUUUAGCUCACAGUCAUCCUCAUCCUGGAUCAUGCUCUAUAAUAAUGGAUUUUUCAACAUUAUACUUUCCUGCAUGCUCAUGGCCGUGAGAGAAGUGGUGUUACAUAAUGUCAGAGAUAAACCAAGGUCUCCCAGGCACACUCGGUAGGACCAGAUGCAAAAAGGCCUCUUCUCUCUGUCUCUUCAUGUUGACUUCAUCAGGGUGUUUUAUUGCAUAAUCUGAGAGCUAGUUAUAAAUAAUUCUGUCAGCACUUCAGACCAAACCUCUCGCAGACAGGGCUCUGCAUUUUAGCGUCUUAGUUGCAGAGAGCAGGUGAUACGGUUUUAUACUGUAUGUUCAGAUGAAUGCUGAUGUAGACUCCUCUGGGAUUUGAGUCUGAGUCUGAUAUCUUUGUGUUUCUGCAGCAUAGCAAAGUUUUAAGAAGUUAUUUCUGCCGUUUCCUAGAGAGGUUGACAUGUGCAGCUUUCUGAGGCAGAGAGAAAAUAUGUCAAGAAAAGGUUCAGUCAGUGUCACAGUAAGAUGAUGGAGUACGAAGGAGGCAGAAAGGUCAAAUUGUUCCUAAACUAAACAGCUCAGCGAGCGCGGUUCUUGGUUUUGACUCUGCCUUGGCGUAUCGAAGGACUGUUGGUUCAAAUACAUCAUCAUCCACUUCAUAACAUCACAACGGACCGAUGGGUUAAUGAUGGUGGACGGCUUUUCUCACUUCAAUGCAGGACUGAAAGAUUCAAAGGAUCCCUUGUACCCACAGCAAUCAGACUCUACAACUUGACUGUAAAUAAUAGAUGACAUAAAACAUGAGACAUGAGAUCCCAGACAAUCCAAUUUCCACUCGGGGAUAAAUAAAGUUCCUCGUAUCCUACUUGAGGCUGUAAUUUUAGUGUCUAGAUAGGGUCGUUCAGUCGUGGCAAGAAUCAGUUCUUUACUUCACAAAGAGCUCAGACUUAAUUUUGAUGAUAACACUUAACUAAAUGUCUUCCACUCGUGAUAGAGUAGGAAUUCGAUUUUAUUACUCACUGCAGAUCCAAAGAUGCACAGGCUGACUUUACUGUGAAAUCCACUAGUUUUGUGAGACCGACAGCCUCCUGUUGUUAAAGUGCUUGUGUUCCUGAUACAUCCUGUAACUUUCCUAUCCUACAGAGGAGAUCAGUAAACGAAGGCCCCGUUUAUACGUACCCAGUUAUUUUUUAAAAACAGAGACAUUAACCGUCGUUUGCACCCUUACUUUUGACGCGCCUGAAAACGAUGCUUUUUAGAAACUGUGGCCAGAGUGAAGAUUUAGGAAAACUCUGUUUGCAUGUAAACAGAGAAGAACGGAGAUCUGGGAAGCCGACAGCAGAUUUGCGCCAGAAAGAAGAAGUGAUGUUGUUGUUGUUGCUGCUAUGUGGGAUUCUGAUUGGCUAAAACUCAUAAACUUAAAAAGGGUUUGAUUUUGUGGAAACAGGAGUGUGCGCACUGAGGAAACGUCAUUUUAAAACUCAAGAGAAAGAAAAACUGGAGGUUUAGGUUAAAAUCUCAAUAACAAAGUAACAUAGAAUGAAAUUAAAAAAUAAUAAAUUAAAUGAAAUAAAAACAACAGUAAAAGAUACUAAAAUAAGAGCACCAAAACAGCUCAAUAAAAGACGGUCCUGUCAUUAAAAAGAGAUAAAUGCUAAAACACUUAAACAAAGUUAAUGAUAUAAAAUUUAGUUAAAAGCAAGACUAAACAUGUAUGUUUUCAGUUUGCUUUUAAAAUCAUUUUCAACUUUAUGGAGAAAACUUUUUUUUUUCUAAUGUAAUCUCUGUUUUCUACAUCCUGAAGAUAAGAUAAGAAGAUCUUUUAUUCAUACGUGAGGGUAAAUUUGAUAAAUUAAGUAAAUAAAUUAAGUGAGCUUACUAAAUUUGUACCUUUUGCACCCUUAAAAACAAAAGCUGGUUUUCUAUCAGGAUAGGAGGGUGAUAAAGUAUCUUUGCUGCAAGCAUCAAAAAAGGCAAAAUUACAAUAAAUUACAAUAAAAUAGUCGUUUUAUCACUUUUGCCCUAAACCCUGACACUAAACUGGAUUACUUGCACUCUUAAAACCUCAUUAAUGAUUUGCACGGAUGAUAUUGAAUCAUAAGUGUAUCAUGACACCCAACCAAAUUAAAUCCAAUCAAACAGACCUUUGCUCCGCAGUAGGUCCUUUGGCUGGAAUCACAUAUCAGGGUUGGUAGUUUGGAUGAUUUUACACAGCCGGUUGGUGCCGAUGUUCUUCUGCGCUCAUAGUUCUGGAUUGUUCCGCUGUGUUAGAUCUUUAACAGGUGAACCUCUACAUGCUGCUCACCUGUUGUGAGAGCGGACUCAGGUGUACUGUUGGCCUGUGGGGAAUGAAUCAGUCAAAAUCAGAUGUGCAGCUGGUUUAUCCUGUGAAAUUAACUCGUCAGGAUGACUAUUUUUUACAUUCAUGAGGCUUUUUACUGUGUGUUAUUGAAAUCAUCCUGCAACAGAGAGAGACCUUGUUCUUGUUGUACUUCCUCAGUGUCAGAUAGUCAGAGUGAUUAUUUAAUUAACUGGAUCUAAGGGAUUCAAUUACAGUUGUAUCUUCUCCUUCAAUAAUGAUGGAGCUGAGACAUUAUAAGUCUUAUUAAAUCAAACUCUCGCUGUCAGUGACUAUUACAUAACUGAUCCGGAUCUCAUACAGUUAGCUCUUAGUUUGUAGUUUAUCCUGCAAACUCUGCAUCAUCAUAUCGUUCUAUUUAUAGAACUGAUAACACAGCAUUUUAUUCCAGACAACAGAAACUCCGAGGGUUUCAAUAGAGGAUUAAUCUCCUGUCUCUAUGGAAAAAUGCAGCUGCUCCGUGCUUAUAUAGCUGCCACGUUGACACAGAUGAUGCACUUAGAUGAUGAUGCAGUUUAGUUAUAAUUUGAUACGUGUUUUUAUUGUAUUAUUACCAAGCUUAAAGUGUUUAGGGUGCAGGGUUGGUCUGCAGUGGACCAAACCACCAGUGAAGGGGUGUCUGCUCUUCAAAAAAGAUUUUAUUUUGUGUGUUUGGUACAUCUAUGAUUGAUGAUCAUGAUUAGGGAUGAGAAUCGAUAACCGGUCCUUUUUUUAGAGCUGGUUCCCAGAGACUGGAUUCCUUAGAAUUGUUUGUCUGCCUCCUUGACAAUUCCACUUAUCGGUUCCUCUUACGUCUCAAUGCGUGAUGGCGUAAAACGCGGGAAGUGUGUUUUGGUUCAGAACCAUUGACUGUAUAUACUAUGGACAACUUGGUUCCGCCUCCUGCCUGUAUACGGAUUUGAAAUCAAAAAGCUCUCAGUAUUUCUGUGAUUUUUCUUCAUUUCCUGAAACAAACAUUGCGCAGUAGCGUUGUGCGCAUUCGACGGAAGAGUCGCCGAGAGUCGCUGUGAUGAUGCUCGGCCCAAGAAGUAUCCCCCGGGUGAGCUACGCAAUCUUCGUACGCCCAUAGGCUGUAUCAAGUGUCAAUCAUAGAAAACAUAAACCCCCUAAUAACUUUUAAAAAUGGAGCUUCACAGAAAAAAGAGGACUUGAGCACAAACCAGUCUGACAGUAACUACAUGUCAACAUCACAAGCAGGAGGGGAGAAACAUUUAUAUUCUGUGUAAUAAAUUUAUAAAGUUUGUCUACAGCUCCAUAAGUUUUGCUGGCGGCGGCUGGAUUUAUGACCUAUACUGCAGCCCGCCAACAGAGGGUGCUGUUCUCGGAGUGGCUUCACCCAGCGAGGAGGCAGACAGCAUCCAUUCUACACAGUCUAUGUUCAGAACUUUCCAGCAUGGCGUCGAGGCAACAGCACUCCAGAGUUCGGCUGUAUUUCACGUGAAAAAGUUGAAAUACCGGGGCUACUUGCAACACUUGCUAAGCUUUAAUCUCGUCAAAGUGGGAUACUUCGUCAAAUACUUCCAAUAUGCAGAAACAUUUGUCCACCCAGCAUGCUGAAGUGUAACGUGUUCGAUACACCACUUAGCGAAGGAGAGACUGGUAAAAGCAGGAGCAGAGCUAACGUCUCGGCGUCAUCAAGGUGACGUUUAACUCCUCCAGGUCCUGUCUGUUCUGUAGACGUUAGCGCCAUGUUAACCCCUUUCACUAUGUAAAUACUCUCAAUCUCCUUAAAUUAACUUUAACAUGAUUUACAGCUCAGAGGCUGCAGUGGGUAGCUCUCGCGCACCUUUCAUUACGGCAGGGAAAAGUAAAAUGACAGAGGCGAAGAUAAACGAAUGUCAGCGAGCUGUGAGCAGAUUUAUAGUCAAGGGGUAGGUAACAUGACAAAUUAUGAGUGCAUGGAUAUGACAUAUCUUCUGCCCCAAGGUGACAAAAUUAAAGAGUUAAUGAGAACAAACCCAUUAGUAUUAUCUUAUUUGAGAAUCAAUGAGGAAUCGUAUCGAUAAGCAGUAUCGAUAAUGGAAUCAGAACCACUAAAUUCUUAACAAUUUCCAUCCCUAAUUAUGAUUGGAAAUAAUGUUUUCCAUGUUUGACCUCUAUGUCGGGCAGUUUUUAUCAAUGAUAAUUAAAGUGGCUCAAGCAGCAGUUUUUAAAGAACUGUUUGGUCAGCGAGAAACUCCAAUUCUGCUCAUUAUCGCUCUUAAAAAGUCUGUUAAAGCAGCUGUUUGGAUUAAAGGUUCUGCGAUGAAAUAACUCUGAGGUUUAUUGUCUGAGUUCAGUUCUUCACUUGAAAUAGUCUGCGUGUGUGUGAGAAAGAGGGAAGUUUUAGAUUAAAAGCUCAUCCAUUAUUGAUAAGGAUCGGAUGUUAUUUUGUGUGUGUACGUUGCAUCCUAUUGUUCUCAUGCUUUACACCAAAAAGCGCUGAGGAGAGAGAAGUGCAGGGGGGGAGACUCGAAGAAAAAGAGGGGAGAGGUAGUGCUCCAGCGACCUAAGCAGCUUAGCAGCUGAUUUAAGAUGCUCUGAGCUGACAAGUCUGCGUGAGUGUGUGACUGUUCACCAUAACCUCUGAAGGAAGACACGGUUUUCAGGGUUUCAGGAGGAGGUGGAGAAACACGGAUAGCAUGUGAACCUUCACAUAUUAAACAGGACUAAGAACUCCAGCUUAAUGGUGGUGUACAUGAGUGUGUGUCGUGAGCAUUAACGGAAUAAACAUUGAGAAUAAAAGCAGCUGUACAUGGAAAGACGGGCCUUUAAAAUAUACAUGAUUGAUGUAUGUGCGACCUCACCGCAAAGACGAGGGAUGGAAAUCAGUCUGCGGCUACAACACGGCGUAUCAUACCCGUGUUUUUUAACGUCAGUUAUUUAUGUGUUCAUUCAUUCAUACAUUUGACUGGUUGGAUGACACAAAGAUGGAUGGGUGGAUGAAUGGAUGGGUAGACAUAGAUAGUUGGAUGUUUGGACACAUGGAUCCAAGGAUAGACAAUCAUGUGAAUAAAUGAAUGAAUCCAUAAACAGGACAAUGGAUUUUAGGAUGGAUGGAGGCAAGCAGGAAUAGAUGGAGGGACUGAUGAGUGCAUUAAAAGGUGGGUGAAUCAAUGGAUGGAUGAAUAUAUAGAUAAAGGGAUGCAAGUUGGAUUGGCGCAGAGAUAGACUGAUGGAUGAAUGAGUGGGCAGUUGGAUGGAUAGAUGAAUGGAUGAAUAUAUGGAUAGAUGCGAGAUGGAUUGAGAUGAAAUAAUGGAUGGAUGCAUUGAUGAAAUGAUGAUUAAUUGCAUAGAUGGUAAGACUGCACGAUAUAUCGUUUGAGCAACAUCAUCGCGAUGUACGUGUGUGCGAUCAUCACAUUACAGAGCAGGCGAUGUCAGAGGCGAAUGAACUCAUCUAAUUUCAAGGGUAGCUGACUAAGAUACUCUGCAUGUGACUCCGCAUGUGCUGUGCAGUGAUCCACCAAUCAUAUUCGUUCUUUACUCAGUCGCCAAUCAGACUACCCUGCCAGCUGUCAAUCAAAAUCAGAGAGGAAGUAACCACACCCCUGCACAUGGAGUGAGUCGCUGGCGCUGCCGGUGUUGUGCCGAAAAACGCGUGUCCGCUAAGAAUUACUUUCGGAACAUUCCUCAUCACUGUUUAGCCCAACAAAUAAGAAUUGUAUGGGUUUUAAAUUGUACAUUUCCGUGGAUCACUCUACUAUAAGCGAUGAGCGUUUUGUGAGGUGCAGGCAAUUCUCAGCAGGCAUGCGUUUCUCGUCGCAGCACAGAGCACAGCCAGUCAGUGCGGUAAACAAGCACGUCCCAGUACGUCGCUAUGAUGGUGCCGUACGGCGCUGACAACUGCCGAAAACUGUCGUAAGACUGGUUGGGAAAAUGUGUCGGAUUAAUUUAAAUCCUAAAGGCUAAUAAAUGUUGUCAAAAACGAUAACGAAGGACAUUUCGUUUCGUUAGUCUCAGUUAGUUUUGUGAACAUGAGAUACAGUUUUAGUUUGCUUAUCAUUUUUCUUUUCUUUUCUAGUUUUUAUUAGUUUGAGUUAACUGCAAUGUCUUUUAAAUUUUAGUUUCGUUUUAGUUAACUAUUAUAACCUUGUUUGCCACGAAACACUGAGAAGUAGCUGAGAAUUUGUGAAGAUCUAGUCCUGUUUUUUUAACCUCUGCUUGACUCUGUUUUCCUUUCGUGAUGAGGUGUUGACCAAUCAGAAUUCAGCGUUAGUAAUAGGCAAUAAUAUCCUACAAAAGCAUUAGUAUUAAUUUCCAUCCAUUUCAUAACCAGCUUAAAUCCCCAUAGAAGCGCCUUGCUGUCCUCAUGCUUUAAAGAAAAUGUUGUUUUUCUGUUCCAGAUGUUUUGGAGGUUGUAUAAAAUGUUACUCAAAAGUUUUUCUUUCUGGGUCACAGCUUCAGACCCACAGACGUCUCCGCUGCUGUUGCUGCUCGGUAGCACUGUCCAAUCACCCGAGAGCUCGAGGCUUGUGUCACUGCGACUUCUGUGAGCAGGUCAAACAGUCUCGUGACUGCGACUACGUGUGUGCAGCCUCUUUACACAGUGAGACAACACUAGUUGUAACAAUGGUUUUGACGCUGCGUGUUCAAAAGGAGUGUGAAUUUAACGGCCAGUCGAUAUAAGACUUAUAAUCUUCUGUUUCCAUCAAUUGUAUCCUCAGGAGAGUCAGCAUCAGCAUCCACGCAGACUAAAGCAGCACCUACUCAGAGACACACACUCACACACUCUUACACAAUGUUUAGCAUGACUCACACACUCCUAGCAGACACACUGUCCAACACAGGCAGACUCACACAGACAGAGAGAGUGUGUGGUGACGCAGCAACCAGGAAGUUUGUGUGUGUCAGCAUCCCCCACCGCGCUGAGGGCGGCUUUAGGGGUUGUAUCAGUCCAGAACAAGACUGUGCAGAAGUCUGGCACAACAACAAUAACGACAAAUUUAUGUAAGUUUAAAUUUGAUGAUGUUUAAUUUCCGAUCAAAAGGAACUACAAAUAUUGAUUACCCACUCAACCUCUAGACUAACUUAUAAAUCUACACUGUAUCCUAUUUUUCAAAAGUUUAUAGUUUGGUUUUGUUGACACAGUCGUAAAGGUAAUAUUUCUACUAUUCGUGUUUAUUGUAGGUCUCAUUUUACAGGAUUUAUCUGGGCUAAAGGGAUAUACCAGCGUAAAAUUAAGUAAGGGUCAAACACACUGAGUUAGACACCCUCUCGAGAGAUGAAUGUUGUCAACUGCUUGCUUAUGUAGUUAAACCAACUUUAGUAACGACCGCACGAUAGCAAAACACAACGUCUAUGUCUCCAUAAACAAACCUCAACCAAAAAGUCACUUUAUGCCCACAAAUAAUGCUCAGAACAGCACCUAACAGACACCAAACACAUCUCACCUACUCUCCUCCAGCAGCCGCUUAUUUGUGUAGAAGCCCUGAUGAGUGGAUCACUGAGUGCGGCAGAGUUUCGCAGCUCAAGGAAGAACAUUUAUGAUUAUUAUUAUUUAUGGAAAUGCAAUCAGACCGAGACGCUAAGGCAGAAGAACUACCGCGUCUGAAAUAAUAAAUAAAAUAAUCAAUUUGAUGAUUCUUCAUACAAAUUAGAGAUGUCCCAAUCCGAUAUUGAUAUCAGAUAUCAGCAAAAAAAACGAUAUUGGAUUAUAUCGGCCUGCAUCUAAAAUCUCUGAUAUCAGCACUCUGAUACAAGCAGUCCAUUCCAGACUGACAAGUUUGUGGCACAAGUUUGUGCCAAUAUCAGAUCAAUAUCGGUAUCUGCCAAUACUGAAGGCUAUAAUAUCGGUAUCAUAUCGGAAGUAAACUAGUUGUAUCAGGACACCCCUAAUGGAAGUGAGCUGCAUUUCAAAAUCUUUAUAUUCAACAGGGUCUGAAUUUUAUCGUGGGGCGUUCGAGGCCUUUUUUAAGUGAACAAGAGACAAAUCAAAUACAGUUUCUGAAAUUCACCAUGAUAAUGUAAAUACUCCGUCAGAUUGGACAUGCUUCCUCCUUUGCUAAUUAAUUAUCCCUUUGGUAAAGUUUAGCUAAACUAAAGAUGAGUCUUCCGUCAUCUCAAAAAUUUGUUUUUAUGUACUGUCUCACAACUUCCUGCCCAUACAGCAGGUCCUGGUGGAUCAGUGAAACUUUUUGAAUUUGACCACUUCUACGUUUGUGGAGCUCGUUAUCAAAACUGAAGCUUUAAAUAAAUACAAAGUAAAGAUAGUUCUUUCUGUUAACAUGCAGUCUGACCAGGUUACCUGCCAACUCGACACAUGGGUUAUAUUUAAACAAUCGCAUGCUUGUAUUCAGGUAAUGACCACAGUGUUUUCCAAACUUCAUUUCUCAUGUCUGAACAAAAACAGGAUUUCAAAAAUGUACAUCAACUUUGUUUUCGGUAACUUAAAUCAUUAAGAAAAAGCAACCCACCUGAGUGUGGACAAAGCCUCAACACAUUGUAGCGGUGUCCUUUCUCUUUUAUAUAUCGGCUUUAAAAAGCUCAUCAACACUUUAACGCUCUUCGUCAAACCUGACUCCCUGGGAGUCUCUCCCGUGUCUCCUCCAGCUGUGGCUCUGCUCCCCGUGCUCCUCCUCCUCCUCUUUGCCCCCAGCUCAUUGGAAAUGAAUGAGUCUGGCCUGUUUGUGUCUCCUGUUACCACCGCUGUGAAUUCAUCUUCAGAGGAGGUUAAAUGAGUAAUCAGACGCGUGGUCAGCACCCUGAUUCAGUUCUCUGGACUGCAUUAGGUCAGUCCCUGCCGGCGAAAAUGAGAGAUCCUCCCAAAUGUCAGAGUAAAGGUUGAUGAUCCUGAAACUACACUUUCAUGUGCUGUGUGUGUGUGUGUGUGUGUGUGUGUGUGUGUGUGUGUGUGUGUGUGUGUGUGUGUGUGUGUGUGUGUGUGUGUGUGUGUGUGUGUGUGUGUGUGUGUGCGUGUGUGUGCGUGCGUGCAUAAGUUCUGACCCUUACAGGGAGUUAUUUUUGGAAAUGUUCCUUCUUGUCCAAACUGACAAACACACAUAAACGCGAGUGCAGUUUCAGGAUCAUUAGGCUUUGUUGUAGCAUUAAAAAGGGACCAUCUAUUCAACCCAGGACACACACACACAUGCACACACUGCAGUGUCUGGAGAAAACUAACAGCCAGUGAUGAUGACAGUAAUAUUACAAACAUAAUGAAACCAUAUUAUCAUAAACAGCUGAGCAAAUGUUUAUGAGGUAGAUCAUCACAUAAGAGGCACACAAACACACACACAAACACACACACACAUUGAAAAAGACAAACGGGUGAAAAAAUAGAACUAAUCCAGAAGAGCUCAGCUGAUGAAACAACACACACCACAAUGCAGCCGUGGCUAAAAAAUGAGAGACUUCCUGCAUUUAGAUGUUCAAUAUUAGCAGAUAAAUGACUAUAAUUAAAAUAAUAACAUAAUUUAUCGAACAAAAUUUGAUUUCAAUCAUUGAUUAUUAGGGUUGGGGAGGGUCUGCAGUCGUAGUUUUUUUAUUGACAAGGAUUUUACUAGGACUGUAGGAAGUUCGAGUCAACUGGUCAACCAAAAUUCUGAUCGGUCGACUUGAUUUUUUUUCCAGCCUCAAUUUACAGUCUAUGGUUAUUUUCAUCAGGAGGAACGUACCAAAUGCUAGUGGGGGUGUUUUCAGAGCACCUCUGUUUCACUGGUAACAGCCUGUCUCAGAGCACCCUCCUUGUUUUCCCCAUUUUGGAUUCGCCCAACCAACUGGAGACCGGCUAGAGACAGGAAGAUUGAAAAGCGUUCACGUUAAUCAAUGUUCUGUGGUUUGCUGAAUACAAUACUUGUAUUACCUUCUUGUGCUAAAAUCAGUAUAUUUUCAACCCGCCGACCCGUGUCAUCCCCUCCUGUAGAGGGAUUUGCCGUCAGAGUCAUACCCUCCCCCAUUAGUCGAUAUUUGGUUGAAAAUUUCAGGGUUUUAGUCGACCAAGAAUUUCUUUGGUUGAUUACAGCCCUAGUUUGCUCGACUGUUCUCCACCCUGGCGCGUUGUUUCUUCAGUUUUAGUCUUUUGAUGAGGUGUUGAACCCCACUCAGCUCCACUGUAUGAUGUAGUAAGAUUAGGUGAUAAUGUCAGCUUUUUGAAUCCUCUUCAUAUUGUGUAGAUUUUUAAAUGACUGCUCUGUGGAGGCACAUGUUGUUCGUUCAUCUUCACUUGAGCUGUUAAACAUGCAAAUUCAGUCAUGUGAUCGUGCUCCGAGCGUUGAAACAGAUUGGUGAUAUGACCUCUGCCUGCACAAACUGUUUCCCAAAGCGUUAACAUUUGACCUCCCCGAAAUUACAGCGUUUUAAAUAAUAAUAAAGAUAAUAAAAAGGCAUCUGCAUGAUGAUGUUGGUCAGUGAUUUAAAAGGCAGUUUACAUUAGUAUUUUAUUUUUAUUGCUCAGUCCGUGUUUGUAUUUAAAGUCCACCCCAUUCUUUGCAAACAAACCUAAUCAUAAAUAAAAAUGUUUUGUUUUUUUUUUGUCAUAACUAUUUCGCCUUUAGUUGACCUAUGAAUGCCCUCACAAUAAUCUUUAUGUACAUUAAAGCUCCUGUGAGGAGUUUUUUGAUUAUUAUGAAUUUGGCUAAAAUUUGUAUCAGUGCCUUUUUAAUGAUAUUUAAAAGCAAACAAGACCAACAAUAUUGACAAUUUUAACUUUUAUUCUUUUAAUGCCUAAAACUGGUGCAUGAGGGUAGAUGUCAACAAAAAAAAGAGGUCAAAAUGAGCUCAGACUGCUUUGUCACAGGGAUGCCAAAACUAACACAAACCUAAAAUUCCCCACAGGCGCUUUAAGUCGCCUCCAUGAUGAAACCACUACUGCCGUUGCUUAAAUCAGCCUGAGGACAUUUGUCACUAACACGCUGCACAUUCAAGCUGCAUUACUGCGUGCUACUAUGAGGAUGACGGUGCACAGUGCAGCUCUGAGCAGCAGUUAUAGUCAGAUUUAAAACUGGUAUCAGUUGUGAGCUUAAAAUCUCUGUGCAGAAGACUCUUUUGAAUACAGACAGUAGGAGCUUUUCACAGAUUAAACAUGUACUUAAAUCUGAGCAGAAACCUGCAAAUGGUCCUUAGACUGUAAGGAAAAGUAGAGCGUGAGAUCCAGUUUAUGGGAGUUGGAGCAACAGUAUCCACUUACGUAUCGACACCAUUAUCUCCAUGAUUUAUGGAGACACACCAAUUACAACAUUAACAGGAAUCAGUGUCAAAAUUUGUCACUUUUACAACUUUUAGCUGACUUUUUCAAGGAGAAACUUGUGUCGUCUUGCUUGAACAAACUUUUGCUCCAAUCCAUGGAUACUUCAGAGUUUAUUUUAAGUUGGUUUAAGGCUGAACUAUUUUUCUGCUGAGGUGUUUUCAACAUGGGUUGAUGAAAGACAUCAGGACCCCCUGGCCCUUACAUGGAUCUGUCUAAUUCAGGGAUUCUCCAUAAACACCACAUCACCAGCCAUGACUGAAAGGCUUCCUUCAUUAUCGCAUUGAUCACUGGGACCCCGGUGGUUUAAUUCAACUGUAUUAACAGCCGUUGAAAGUGGAAACAUCAAACCUGUCAUUAUCUAUCAAUGACUGCGCUCACUCGGUUUUGUAAACUGUGUUUGCUGUUGAAAUGUCAGGGAUGAUUACAUGUGUUUGUGUUUUCUUUGAUGACAGUGUGAGCCAGUGUAAAGAGAUGGACAGCGCUGCGAGGGCGCGGCAGGCUCCGAUGUCUCCGUCUGAUUUUCUCGACAAACUGAUGGGGAGGACGUCUGGGUACGACGCCAGGAUCCGACCCAACUUUAAAGGUACUGAGUUCAUUUUCAGUGUAUGAAUUCCAAGCUUUGAUACAGCAGCUGAUUGGAAGUAAUCUCAGUGUGCCGAGCAUAAAAUACGAUAUGACGACAGAAACACAAAGUACGUUACAAUCGACCGUUAUUAUUGCACAAACAUAUCAAAAGAAAACUUGAUAUAGAAGUGCAGAAUAUGAUAAAUGAGUUGAGUUUUUUAGACAUGAAGUCGAGUCACAGAUUGCUGAUCUUAAAAUGAGAUCGAAUCAAAUGAUGAGCAGGAUACAAAAUAUCUUUGAGGUCACUUUUACCAACCAGGAUCCAUAAAUACCGAGAGCAGCAACAUGUCUUCUUCCUUGAAACAGACCGAUCAGUCGUUCAAGAAACGGUGUACAAAAUCACUGAAACGGUUUCAGUUUUUCCUCUGUGGUUGAUUUGGAGCACGCUCAGAGAACCUCUUCCCCUCCCUCUCUUAUUCUGUUCUUCUAAAAGUAAAACUCAAAUCUAGUCGCUGAAAUGUUACUGACCCAAGAGAUCCACAACAAGGUCUCGGUAACGACUGAGGCCUUGAAAACAUUUACAAAAGACGUGAAUCCAUUUUCUUUUACUACAAGUGCUCACCUGUUUUAUUUAUCCUGAUCUGCUUUUUGAAACAGGGCAGAUUGUACGUUCAUUUUCUCCUAAUUAUAAGUUGUUUUUUUCAUUUAGGAAUGGCAGUUUUUACAGUUAGAAUAAAUUGUGAAUAAAUAAGCAUAUGAAAACAAUAAUCAAAUAAAAGGGGGGAAAAAAAGUCUGGGGGACAAAGAAAACUGCAGAAAACUUUGUACAGUUUGGGGAGAUAAGGUGUGUACGUAGAUGUUCAUAUAGGAGAGGAAUGAGCUGCAUAUAAAGUUUUAUUCAUGCAUCAUCUUCUCCAUAAUUAACCAGUUUCUCUCCGUCUGCAGGUCCUCCAGUCAACGUAUCCUGUAACAUUUUCAUCAACAGCUUCGGCUCAAUCGCUGAAACCACAAUGGUGAGUAAUAUAUGUAGCCUCUUAGUGGUCUUGAAAUUGAGAUUAUGAAGUUUUUAGCCAAAAUCAUGCUACCUGUGUCAUUUUCAAGGUCUUUUCUUCUGCAGAGCUCCAGUAGCUCAUUAGCAUAUCACCUCUGAGUUGUGCACACUCCUCUUCAUGUUCGCUUGCAGCCUAACAUUGUCGGUGUAGUAGAGGUAGCAGGUAUCAUCGGACACUAAUGUCUUUAGGGACAUGAUGAAAGUUAAUAUCACAAUUAGCUUUCUUUUAUGUGUGUUUGAGCUUUGCAAUCUGCUAUCGCACACACUUCUUCCGUGAUCGUCCUCUCUACUUUUCGGAGUCUGGCCUGCAUAGCGAGGCUCGGGGGGCGGAGCUUGCAGUUGCUACGUAGGAAAUCUCACUGUGUCUGAACCUGCUGUUUGGGUCUAUGAGAGGUUUACAAUGAUUUGAAUGCAGAAAUACUCAGAAAUGCUAUUUCGCACCUACUUUUCUCAUGAUGUGUCCUGUUGCAUUAGAGAAAUGAACAUAUGAACAUGUAGACAACAAGAAAAACAUGAUUUUCUUCGGAGUGGGUCUUUAAACAUAUAAAUAUGAUGUGUAUUAGAGGUAAAAGUUUGUCGCAUUAAAGCUGCUCUUUGCAGCUCGUUUUGGACCUCUUUUUAUUUCGAACACGGUGCAUUUUUCUUGACAGGAAGCUGAACCCUGUCAGGGAUUAAAUCAGACUUUUUAGAGUUUGUGUUGAAAGCUUAAUACUCAGGGUCACGCUCGGUGCACAGACAGGGUGCUGUCAUGCUUCAGUCUGGUCGGGCAUCAUUAGAUCUGAAUGAAGACCUUCAGGACAGGGAGGCUCGUGUUGGUGAUUUAAAGACUUUGAUCCAUAGCAGAAGUGUCGUUGUAAUCUUUUAUCCGACGCGCUCGAGUGUUGUGUUGUUGUUGUUAUAAAGUCAGUGAACAUGCAUUGAGGUGUGAAAACAAAGCGGACGGACUCAUUUUCAGGGCUCUAUUCUCGUGCCUGCCGGCGGCGCGGCGGAGGGUGGCAGACCCCGCACAGGGGUUUUUUCGUCCGGCGGAGCCCGGUGCACAGCCACUUUGGUAAUUUCAUAGACUGAGGCGCACCGAGGUCCGCCAAGCUAAUUGCAGCCCUUGGAUGUUUUAUGCUAUUGCUUAAUGACCUACUUUUAAUAAAGAACACACAAGCACUGAAUUCAAAUUCAAACCUUUAUUCAACCACCUUUUUUAGUGGUCUUUUGGUAGACCGGCGGCGUAGUGCACAUACGUCAACGAUCACCUGAAAAGAAUGAUGUCAGUAAAUAAUGACAAACAUAAAGACUAAAGUGACCAAAAAAUCUGAUAAAUAAAUAUUUAAAUAGUCUUUUGAUGAAAAUAAACAAAUAUAUAAAUAAACAGAAUAGCUUUAGGUGGGAAUAGCAUACUACCAGUUUUAACUGUGUGGGAAACUGCCCACAGCCUGGUGUCUGAACACGGCUCGGGAGGGUGGUAGAGGAGGACUCACAUGAAAGUUGAAACACUCAAAAUAAAAAUAAUUGCUCAGCAAACCAACUGACGUUGAUUAACGUGGACGCUCUUCAAUCUUCCUGUCUCCAGCUGGUCUCGGCGAAUCCAAAAUGGUGAAAUUAACCAUAGACAGUAAAUUGAAUUGAGUUGACCAAUCAGUCCUAGCGAUCAGUUGUCACCCAUAACGUAAUCACGUAAUCCAACCUCUCUGUGCUUCACUCAGUACCUGGAUUGUGCGCCGCUUAACUAGCUGAAUGUGAUCAGAUACAUGUUCAGUGAAGUCACUGAUAUCUGUCGAGCUGUAUCUGUCUGUGUUAUUGACCGAUCAACACGGAUUUAUUUAGUCGACUGUCACUGUGAGCAUCCACGAGAGAGGGAAUAAUCUGUAACAGGAGGAGAGAAAAUCUUCAGAGGAUGGCAGACGGGAUGACACAGUGAUGAGUGGAGAUAAUGACGGAUGGAGGCAGACAGGGACAGAAAUCGGAGGAGACAGACAGGCAGACAGGAAUAGCAGAUGUGCAGUGAAGACAUUUAGUGACUCUGACAGCAAAUACUUUAAAGUGACAUGAAGUUAACCCAGGCUGCACUCAGGCUGCUUUGUACAUUGAUAAUAUGCAAACACACACGUGCACAGACUGGGACCUGGAGUUUUUUUGGUUUGUUAGAUUUUUUAAAGCUGUCCGCGAGGCUCUUGUCGAGAUGUGAGUUUUAGGCGCUGAAGGAAAAGCAUUUCUCAGCUUUAUGAGCACGUUAAAGCUGCUAGCCUCACUGAGGAUCCAGGGCGGAUCAGGGUCUGCCCACAUUUGUGCUGAACUUUUAGUAACUCUUUAAAAAAAAAUGGUGAUUCCUCCAUCCACAUGUUAUGGAAAGAGAACAGUUUAUGUUUAUUGCAUUGAAUUGAUAGAGUGACAAAUGAUGUCUGCAACCUUCAAAACACAAGUACAGCUUGUACAGGCAUGUGAAUUUUGUGCCGUUUGAAUAGAAGGUAAAAGCUUCAGAAUCUUUUAGCAGCUUUUUUCAGGAAGAGGUUCUUCACAGACUCAGACUCACACAAACAAAAUACAUCCGUAGUUAUUAAAAUUGAGGAAUAUACUGUAUUUUAGGGCUGGGUGAUAAACCGAAACUUUACAGAUACAGAAAUUUAUAAAAAAAAAAAAAAACCGACAUCAUUUUGCCCAUAUCAGUAAAUUCUGUGUCAAAAAAAUAAAUAAAUCAAAGUUGUUUUUGGAUGUGUGUAGAUAGGCUAUGGUCUCAUGUCCCUUUAAGACGCUGUCCUACAUCAGAGACGUGACUCCACCCCAUCCAGUCCGUAAUAAAGAGGGAAAGACAGGGGAGGAGAUGGAGGACGGAGAGAAAGUUGUAGCGGCUGAAGUAGACGAAGUGGUAACCCUUUCUUUUAUGGUACACUUAUUACCAGGUAAUUAACAGGUAAUUACCUAAUAACAACAUGAAAUUAUCUGGUAAUUACAUGAUAACUAUUAAGUCAAUACUGUCUAGCUACCAGGUAGGUAACCUUCCAUCAUCACACAAAAUUGCUCUGGUAUUUCCAGGAUUUUCUCCGCUUCCUGGAACCACCUCUUGCGCAGUAGCGUCGUACGCAUUCGGCGGGUGAGUCGCUGUGAUAAUGCUCGGCUCAAACAGCGUAUCGCUACUCAAUCUUCGCACGCCCAUAGGCUGUAUCAAGUGUCAAUCAUAGAAAAAAAGAACCCCCAAGCCAGUUUUUGAAAAUGGAGCUGCACAGAAAACAGAAAAACUAGACAGUAUUGACUUAGUAGUUAUCAUGUAAUUACCAGAUAAUUUCAUGUUGUUACUAGAUAAUUACCUGUUAAUUACCUGGUAAUAAGUGUACCGUAAAAGAAACGGUUACCGACAAAGUAAAUGUGUUAAUGAAGUUAAUAUGAAUUUUGUGUUGUUUAAAUAGAGGGUAAAACACAGCUUCAGCAUCUUUUAGCAGCUUAUUUUUAGGAAGAGGUUUUUCAUAGUCUCAGAUGCACACAAACAAAUACAGUCAUGGUUAUUUCAAUUAAGGAACAAACUGUAUUUAUCGACUAAGACAGGAGCUUGUCGCCCUCGAAGGCCAUCGUUGUUUAUUAGCAACAGGGGUGAGCAUCGGAGCACUUCAGUCUCGACUCUGACUGCCAGAAAUCCCCACAUAUAAACUUUGUCCCUUAAAAACCUGCUCUGAAAUGUGUCACUGGAGCUUCUUGUCACUUUUUUUAUUUGAGGAUUGAGCAAGUAAGCGUUAUUUGGCGAUAUUUCUAUUUCUAUACACUGUGCAGAAAAAAACUGACAAUAAAAUGAUUUAGUUUUUAGAUGCUCAUCCACAGUUUCAGUGUAAAACCUUCAUGGAAAAAAAACUGAUCGUCAGCCUUGAUUGACCGCUGAUUGAGAGCAUUUAUGUGUCUUCACUUCAGUCCAUCUCUGUCGUCAUUAUCGGUUGACCUGUUUGUGAUCAGUCGAGCUGAAGUCAGAUGGACCGACGAGCUGAUGGAUGAUUGAAGUGACAGAGACUAAAAGCUUUCUACACCACCGGGAGCUCUUCUGACUGAUUCGCCAUUUGUACAGUGUUAGUGAGAGUGUGUGUGUGUGUGUGUGUGUGUGUGUGUGUGUGUGUGUGUGUGUGUGUGUGUGUGUGUGUGUGUGUGUGUGUGUGUGUGUGUGUGUGUGUGCAUGUGUCGUCCUGCCAUCCAUGAAAUGUCACGUAAAAUGUCACAUACGUACAAUAUUGCUUUCAUUUGUCUUGAAUUAUUUAGAAGAUUCAAAUGAAUUUUUCAUGUAGGCUGUUUGUGUGUGUGUGUGUGUGUGUGUGUGUGUGUGUGUGUGUGUGUGUGUGUGUGUGUGUGUGUGUGUGUGUGUUGGUGAGUGUACUUACACGAUCGAAUCCAUCGAAUUUCUCCCGGCGAGUCCACGCAGUUUUAUAACAUGAUUGUAAUUUCAUUUUGAAUUGAAUAUUUAUUAUGUUUGUUUUUAAACAGAUCGAGAAUUUAAAGCUCCUCUUCGACAUAAAAUAAUCACAACAACAACAACAAAUACGCCUGACUGUUCAGAGUCAGCAGGAUGAGGUUUAUUUGUCAAGAGAAACGAGCUCAGCAUGUAAAGAUACGCACAGACUGCUCUGGUCAGAUCCUCACAGGAGCUUUAAUGUAGAUUUUAAAACCUUUCAGUUUCAGUUUCAGUUUAAAUUAUGAGAGUUUUUGUCUUUAACUGUUUACCAAAGUUGAGCUUUUAACCUUAUUUUUAAUAACAGAAUUUUUGCGACUUUCUUGAGGGAAAAAGACUCAUCCCGGGGAAGACUUUUCCCGGGGAAAGUCCCGCCUCCUUCGCCUCUGAUUGGCUAGAAAAGCUGGAAAUGUCAUCACACGCUCAAGCCAAAUGAUCAGCACUUAAAGACAAUCAGAGCGAUAAGAUUCGCACAUGAAACUAGUAUGUUGCUCUCAAUAAGAACAGGGUGUCCUCUAAAUUUAAUGUUUACACAUUUGACACCUGUUAGCGUUUACCAUGCUGAGCUACAUUAACCGAUCUUUGUCAGAGGUGAGCUACUUUGCUUUACAAACUCUUUCCAAAAUAUGAUUUAUUUUCAUAUAUAGACCCCGAGUGAAAUUUAGUUUAGUGAAAUGUGGUGAAGAGUGAACUUUUGUUUUUCUUGCAAUUUUCAUAACUUUUUUUUAGGGCUAGGCAAUAACCCAAAAAUUUACCAAUACUGAAAUUUACGACAAUAACCGACGUCAUUUUGCCCAUAUCAGUAUAUUAAAUGUCAAAAAAAUAGAUAAAAAAAUUUGGUUUUGGAUGUGUGUAGGUAGGCUAUGGUCUCAUGUCUCUUUAAGACGCUGUCCUACAUCAGAGACGUGACUCCACCCCAUCCAGUCUAUAACAAAGAGGGAGAGACAGGUGGGGAGAUGGAGGACGGUUCAAAAGUUGGAGCGGCUGAAGUAGACGAAGUUAAUGUGGGAGGGGGUGAGCAGCUUGUGGAGUAGUUAUCGUCCAUUUAUCGUUAUUGAGGUGAACUGAUCAUUAUAUCGUGAUAUUGAUUUGAAGCCAUAUCGCCCAGCCCUACUUCUUUCAACAUUUUGCUGGCGCCGUAUUCAAAAGGUACUGUGAUGGUUUUCUUUGUUUUUUUGCCAUGGUAGCUUGAAAAUAACGAUACUAGAAGAAGACCGUCAUCAAAAUGCUGUCCUAUUUCCUGUUACCUGUAAUUAUAUGAAGGAAUCUCAACAAUCAUUUAUUCCUAUAAUAUCGAUUACAUUUAAUGGGAAACAGAUGUUUCCAGUUUGUAUCUCCAGGAAAAAGCUGACAGGCUGGUGAUGGAUUCAUAUCAGAUGUGUGUCAAAGGUCUUAAUCCAGCGAUUGAUCUGAAAUCUGAGCGGGAUUAAAACAUCGGGGUCAAUGAGGCGAUAUUUGAUAAAAAGGUAAAAAACAGUAAGGCUGAAGAGUGUGCAGAGUCAGGGGUCAGAGCUGAUGCAGAGGUGGUGAUGCCCAGUUUGUGCAGAGAGCGGCAGAAAGAGAGGAGAUUCAUACAGGGCCCAUAUGUUACAUUAGGAUUAAGACCUUUCCCUCCUCUCACCAUCUGUCUUUUCAUCUCCCCUCUCCUCUUUUCAUCUGACAAACGAGAGAGAGAGAGAGAGAGAGCGCGUGGUGACAUAACCUCACACAUCAACAACACAUUAUAGACGCGUUUAACUGACGUACUAUCACUACAGCUGGCUUUAACUGGAGAUAACACGCAUGUUAUCUGUUUGUUUGUUUAAUGUAAUCCUUUAAAAAAACUCCACAUGAGGAGAAGCAAAGUGGUGAUAAUACCAAGAGACAAGCGGUGAUAGAAGUGUUACUCAGAGGGAGUCACAGGUUUUUAAAAAGUGUCGUUAAAAGGACAGAUAACGCUCUGUGCCGUGUUUUAAAUUCAUUAAAAUGCGUUAAGUAAAAAAAAUUGUUCAGUUAGGAGCUUAACUGUCCCUCAGCGGGAAUUUACCCUGUAUAGUUUUCAAUUCAAAACAGUUUAACCCCCCAAAACAAAGUAACAUGGGACGUCAAUAUAACACACAACAAAGAAUUGGUUAAUUGUUUGUCUUUACAGUGAUUUAGGUCGCUUUCACACCUGACCAAGAGGACUUGGUUCGAUUGUGGAGCUGAAAGUCGCAACAUUGUUACAUUUAUCACUUGUUUCGGUUCUCCUUUCACACUGUGAUUUCUAAAGCGCACCAAACUUUCCGAGCAGCAUCACGUGGUUGGAAGGGGCACUCGUCGAUUGGACAAAGUAGGAGGGGGAUGUAACCUCACGGAUUACAAACAGGGGUGGACUCGCCGUCUUGUAUCGUGCUUCAUCACAUUAUUUCAUGGAUUGCUACAACGUCAGUGAACGCAACUGUUCCUCUAAUGCUAUCGUAGCUAACGAUAGCUGACGAUCUAACGUGACGACAUAUGAGCUCAGAGUUUAAGGACUGUUACUGUUGGCAGUUGUGAUUUGAUUUUGUUUAAAUAUGCCAAAUUGUGAAUUUAUGGGUUAUUGUUGUUCAGACAAUUGAGCUAAGCUAGCUAGCAACUACUAAUGUCAGCGGUUAUGUAUUGCCAUAGCAACAAGGGACGCCGUGCUUCCUCUACCCAAGAUGCACUGCAUUUAGCGUCAUUACGUACAUUAGCUUUCAUACUGCAUACGAACCGAACCAGGGUCCACCUGCAAGCGAACGGAGACCCACGUUUUCAGGCGGACCAGAGUUCGCUUGUUUGGUCCGCACCAGAGUUCGGAUGAGUUUUCACACCUGCCCAGACGAAAGCGGACUAUCCGAGGAAACGAGCUCUGGUCCGUUUAAAGCGGACCAAACAGCUCUGGUGUGAAAGCGACCUUAGUUAAAAAUAAGUGUCAUUAAAAUCAUUUAAAAGUGACUUUCAAAGGAGGUGUUGGUCAUUCAAACAAAAUAAACAAUUAAUCAGUCGUAGGGAUGCAAAUUUGAGGUUAUCUCCCUCAUCCAACCUUGUUAAUUAUUAACUAUUGAUUACCCUGUCCAUAAAAUCUAGAUUUUUCUUAUGUAAAGAAAAGUGAUACCAAAUGCUUUCUUCUUUUAGAUCAUAUAUUUUUGACAGCAACAUAUUGGAAAUAACCAAAGCUUUCACUACAGGAGGGCAGGGAAAUUAUUCAACAUGCAGACUAUCAACAUGAGGAGCAGGUUCAUAGAAAUUAUCUUAAGACUCUGAAAAUCAUCCAGAAAGAGAUUUAAACACUUAAAUGUGGUUUUUCAGACUCGAGCAAAUGGUCCAACAUCCAUCUCAUGCGGCUACAAUUUUGAGACUAGAAAGCUUUUUCUUUUUCUUUUUUCAGAUCUCAGAAAAAAUAUAGAAAUGUAAUAAGUUUAGGGCUGAAUUGGCUCCAUAUGUUAAUAUCAGGAGAAUGAAAAAUAUGCUAUAAAUGAAUUAAUUUCAAAAUAAGAGCCUGCCUGUUCUGUCUGUGGAGAGACUCCCCUUUUUUUUACUUAGUGCUUUUAUUUUUUUUAGUUUUCUCGGAGCGGUUAUUUGGUAAAACGCACAGGAUAGAAAUUUGGCAUAAUCCACGUUGGCUGCAGGUAAACUAUGAUCAUUAUUUAAUCCUAACAUCUGGUUACAGGGAAUAUCCGGCGGUUUCAUUUCAUGUGUCUUUCCCGUCUUUCUGCUCACCUGGUGUCAGUGCAAGUCGAACUUUUCACCAGUCUUGAUAAUGUCCCGGUAAAAAGUCCCCAAAUUUCAGCGCUGCAGAUGCUCCCCCUCUGAUCCUGCCUCAGAAACGGGGGAAAGAAGGUGUCGAUGUGUAAUGUUGGAGCAGCUCUGUGUGUGUGUUUGUGCAGAGUUGACAAGCUUUGCCUCUCGCUCUUGUACCACAACAUAGUAGGAUGUGUAACCAUGUUCUUUGUGUUUGAAAAUGGACGAAACAAUGUCCAACGUAACUGAAUCACCGUAGAUUAGGAAUAAAAACCUUUUAGUAUGAAACCCACACUGGGAUGGAGUUGGCAGCCAUAAACUCACACUCACACUAAUAUAUUUAAAAAUCGUUUACGUUUAAAAAAACAAUUAAAAGAUUGUUUGAACGGGAGGAUUUCGUGUUGCUUUUAAAGCUUAAUUCGACCACCUGUUCUCUCACGGAGGGUCAGUUCAUGGAGCAUUAAAACCAUUUUUUGACACAUCCGUCUGUGCUGCUCUUUGCUAUUAUGUCACUGAAAGAGAGAGAAAAACAAAGAGGAGAGAUUUAGAGUUAAUUUUGUAUGCCCUGUCACACACACACACACACAUACACACACAAACAUACACACACACACAGAGCUUAGAGCCAGGUUGGUUCACUCUGCUCUGUACACGCUAUCUAUGUUAAACAGAUUUACGACUGUUACUCUCUGUUUUUCAUUUGUUCACUCAAUCUCUCCAUCCUUCUUAAUCCAUUGUGUAUCCGUGUGCGAGUGUUCAGUGUUCCUGACUGCGCUGAGAGGCUCGGAUAGAAACACACCAAUCAUUUCAAUUUUAAACCUGUGUGGGAAAAUCAGGUUGUUUUGUCAUCUAAGAGCACCUGAAGCUCAGCUGGCUGCUGGAUGCUUUCGCUCAGACAAAGCCCCUUUUUUCAGACUCUCAGAUACAUCUUUAAUAGCUUCAUGUGAUUUUCAAAUGUAGAAAAAGCCUCAAAUGUCUCACAGACGUGUAUUAAAAUCAGUGAUGGGAUUUAUGGAUCUUUGAAGGGAGACGGAUCUUGAGGAGUCGUUCUUUUCAAAGAGCCGUUCAAAAGAUCGUCUCAUUGUGAUAUAUAUUUAUAAAAACCAACCAGGGCUACACAACACACCUAUAUAUGUACUAUUUUGAUAUAAAUUAUUUAGAAAUACUGGUUAUGAUUUCAUUUAGCUUAUGUUUUAUUGUAGAGAGAUCACUAGUUUGAGUUUGUUCCUUACCUGAAAAACUUUGUGGAACAAUAAAAACUACACAGGCUACAGAUAAUUGAUAACUGAUCAAGAUUAAGACAUGAUAAAAAAAAUAUGAAUGCAAAUUUGUACAACUCUACUUGGUAUUUUGGGCACACAGAUGACACGAGAAGGCAGCGUGGAUAAUUUGUAGGGCUGCAGCUAUCGAAUAUUUUAGUAAUCCAGUAUUCUACCAUAUAUUCCAUCGACAAAUCGGAUAAAACCUUUCUUUUUUUUUCAAAGUUAAAGUGUUAUUACUGAUAUACAAGAGAGAAUAAGACAUUUCACCUAAAAAUAAACAACCAAUUGUUUUCCUUUUUUUAGAAACAAGGAACGCGGAACAAGCGUGUGCGUUAGCAGAUUACAGUGCUCGUAAGAAAGCUAAUUAUGAUAUUAACUUUCAUCACGUCCCAGAAGACAUUAGUGUCCAAGAGCGGAGUAGCUCCUAUGUUACCUGCUUCUGCUACUUCACUGGCAACGUUAGGCUGCAAGCUAGCGUGAAGAGGAGUGUCGAAGCAGCGCUGUCUCCGCCCACGACUCAGAGGCGAAUUGCUAAUGAUCUACUGGAGCUCUGCAGAAGAACAGUCCCUCUCUUCAUUCAAUUUCUGCUCCGCAAAACCGAAACCGCGCGUACUCCUCCUUCUACCGUGGUGACGUGAGAGUUUUUGUGUCACCUUGAAAAUAAUCCAAGGGAAACUGUUACAAUUUGAGCUUAUAAACGAGGACUCGAGGCAGAGAAAACUUCUCAAUCACUUUUUGUAAUCGAGGUACUCGAGGAAUCAUUUCAGCUCUAGCAACUUGCAUAUGAACGAUUUGCAAACGAACGGCUCGACACCAUGAAACUCAUCAUUCACUUAAAGAGCCGUUCAUAUGACUGACUCGUUCGCUCAUGUCACACCCCCAUGAGCCUACUUUCUUCUGAUUGGUCACCUCUCCAUAUGCCGUUCAUAUGACUGACUCGUUUUUUUUUAAUUAAAAAUUUUGAUAAUAAUCGAGAUCAGACGAUAUGACAAAAUUUAUUGUGAUACAUUUUUUUUGCCAAAUCGCCCAGUCCUACCAUCAGCAGACCUUCUCUCUUGUUAACAGCCUUCGUUCACCUGUGAUCGAUCAUAAACACAAACAGACAUGUACAGUUUAAAGUGAAUUAUUCCUUUAAUCCACCUUCAGAUAACCACAUAAAGAGCUCCUCUCCUAACGUUUAUCAACAGGGUCUCUCUCUCCCUCUAUGCAGGGAUAUUCCUGAAACACUCGGAACAACAGUCUGAACCCUUGAGGGAAAAACUGAAAACUUAGACUUGUCAGUUUCUCCCAGAUUUAUGUAAGCUGCCACGCUGCUGCAGGCUGAAACAACCUGAAGCAAGUCCAAAACUUGAUGUACCUAUGAGUCAUUUAACCCCUAAAAUAAGCAAAAAUAGGGCCUGUGUGAGAGAAUACCGAAUUGUCCAAGCAAAAGGUCCUCGUAGGUCGUUCUACCUGCCAACAGAAAUCACAUCUUUAUGUUCGGACAUUAAGGAUUACUCGGGGCGUGCAGUGAAUCAGAGUAAAGUGAAUUGUGUCUCCUGCUCUGAUUAAGUUUCUGCAUGAGUGAACUCACAGAUAAAUCUGCUCCAUAAGACCUCUGCAGCCACGGCAGAGACGCUUUUGUUCCCCGAGUGAACGAGGUGAAAGGUAAAGAAACAAAAGGUGUAAACAUUUGCAAAUGACUUGAAUAACAAGUUUGUGUUUUCAAUUUGUUCCUCUGUCUCAUCAAGUGAUCAGACCGAGACAACACAACUCCUGGAAUAAAAAUUUCAUGUUUGACUCGUGUACGCCGUUAGCGUCGGCAACAGUUAGCAUCACUGUCACACCUAAAUCAGACUUAACCUUGUUUAAUUUCAUUAACUGCAUCUGUGCUCCCCGUGCGAUGACUCCGGCUCUGCUGGAGGUGAACUGGAGUGGAAGAGCAGUGAUGUCACUUCCAGUCAGUGAGCAGAGCGAGCAGAGACACUCACUGCCUUUAACGGUGCAUUCUGGGAAUUUUCUAGGGAGCUGAACUUGCAGUACAAAAAAAAAAAAAAGUGAUACUGCGCUCAGGACGCUCAACUCUCCGCCAAGAGACCAGUCUGAGCCGCUCGGUUUCACCUUUAAACUCUGCUUUUAUAUCCCCACGGAGAUUUAAAGCAUUAGGAAAAGGAAGGAAAUGGUCUGACUUUCAUGAAACCGUGUCUGGCUCUACUGAAGGAAACCCUCCACCAUGUGUAAUAACACUGCUGAGUUACACGCAGCCAUCCCCUCCCCCACAUAAGCCAGGCUUAUCUCCUCUCAUUGUUCUUAAUUCCCACACAGAUAACGUUUAACAGGUUAAGGCAGAAGAGGGGACCGUUAGAUGGCCAGUGUGCUGCAUGAUGAUUCAGCUCAGACAGAGUGAGACACUGCAGAGGAACGAGGACGAAAGAUUGAAAUAUUGUUAUCGACUUUAAACGUUAAGAAGCCAAUCAGAAUUUGUAAAAAACAGAUCUAGGGCCUAAUUCGUCAGCUCCAGUGAUGAGGGGUGUGGCCUGAUUCAGGGUUUAUCUUUACAAUCGGCUGUAUCUAAAUUAUGGACGUUGCAUCAGUGGCAUCACUCAGUUGUUGCUGAGGAGGUGUUUGGGAGCAUGUUGCCUGCAGAUGCCAUGCUGGCACAACCUAACUUUCAGCUGACCUACCAUGAGGCAAAGAGGUGAAGAUGAGGCCGGCGUUUAGCCUCCUUGCCAACAGUCAUGGCGUGGCUGCCUAUCAGUCGAAGCAGCUGUGAACUGAUGACCUUGAAUUCUCCAAAAUAAAACAUCCCUUGAACUAUUUACACUAAAAUCAUGAUUUUGUACCAGGCUGUUAAAAUGUUUGUUGGUUUUUUAAGGGGUGUGUCAAGCGGAGUAUGUUACCCACGGGAGUGUCGCUACCCAGUCCGUCCCAGAAACAGGAUUUGUACCGAGCAUGUGCGAAAAAACGUCACUUCCUCUCUUCGUAUUUCAAUGCAUUUUUACGUCAGUCUGUGUAGUCCGCGGCCCAAUCCCAAACCGCCCCCUACACACUCAGCCUUCACUAUCAAGUGUCACUCGUAAUGAAGUUACACUCGCGGCUGUGGAGUGCGCCUCAAUUGAAAUGGGAGCGUAUAAACAAGACGGGCGAGUAUGGAACGCCCUCCUCACUCCAGCGUUUAUUUUCUUAGUAAACGAUCAUGUACGGUUCUGAUCCGCACCUGCUGCCUCGUUUCUUCAUCCUCCCAGUAAAAUCAUAAACCCAGUAACCAUCACAGUGACAGGAGCUAAAUUAAACUUCUGAUUGUUAUUGAUUCCACACGUCUUUGAACCCCUUCACUGUUUGAUAUGUGCCCGACCAAUCAAAUCAAACAUCAGCACAGAGUAAGAUUUCCAACUUCCGUUCAAUGUUUCCAAACCACGUCUUUUGUGAAUAAGUGCCAAAGCUGUCGCAAACCGCUAGGAGCAAAGAAUCGCCGAACUGUCGCAAAGAUGGCUAGUAGAGGAAGUGGCGUCCGUUUCACACAUGCGCAGUACAAAUCGUGUUUCCGGGACUGAUCGGGUAGCCACAGGGAGAACCGCCGUGUAAGCUAGGCUACAGUUUUCUGCAGAUAUGCCACGGUCAGCUAAAUCUGAGAGACUCUGGCUUAAUCUUUAGUCCAAGUGUGCACUCUAAAUUUUUCAUCACUUUUCUACCAGAAAAUCAACUAAUUUCAUAAACAUAAACAUGUAUUGAAUUUUGGCCAGUUGAUUUACAAGAGACAUGCAACCAUGUGACCCCACUUUAAAAGUCACGAACUAUCCCUUUAAAUAACCUUUUGCACUUAAGUCCUUUUGUCUGUUUUUCCAAUCCAUGAUAAAACCUGGCUGAACUAACCUGCAGGGCUGUAAAGUCUGAGUCGACUGGUUGACUUAUUGGUCGAUAAGUGCUGAGUCGACCAAAAUUCUGAUCGGUGGACUCCAUUUUUUUCCACGUCAAUGAACAGUCUAUGGUUACUUUCAUCGGGAGGAAUGUACCAUGGGAUGGAAAGAUUGAAGAGCGUCGAUGUUAAUCAACGUCCGAUUGUUUGCUGAAUGUUUGCUGAUUGGUCGAUUUUAGGUCGAAAAUUUCGGGGUUUUAGUCGACCAAGAAUCGGUUGAUUACAGCCCUACUAACCAGCUACUUCAGGUUAUAUUUACGAUUUAAUUUUGCUCUUUUGUGUCUGCAGGACUACAGAGUGAACAUCUUCCUCCGUCAGCAGUGGAAUGAUCCAAGGCUCGCCUAUGCUGAGUACCCAGAUGACUCUCUAGACCUGGACCCCUCUAUGUUGGACUCUAUUUGGAAACCGGAUCUGUUCUUUGCUAAUGAGAAGGGAGCCCACUUUCACGAAGUCACUACAGACAACAAACUGCUCAGGAUAUUUAAGAACGGGAAUGUUUUGUACUCUAUUAGGUAAGUGUGGAGAUGGGCUUGGUGUUGUAUUUUAAAAUGACGACAGUCUUGGUCUGGAUACAGUUAGCUGUUAAAUAUAUCUUCAUACACUCCAUUUAGACCCCCAACAACAACCGCCAGUCCUCAAAAAAAUGAAGCUAAUCCAGGAGUCCUCAAACAUGCAAUACCACAAGUGCCCUCUAGAGGCUGGCUGCAGAAGUACCAGAAAUCAGUUUCGAUGAUGUUAAGGUUAUGACAUUAGCAAAUUAGCCAUUCAUGAGGAGACUAAGGCCCGCCUUUUUUAGGAUAAAUCAUAGACUGUAUUUACGAUGGACAACUUGGUUCCGCCUUCCACCAGGAUACAGAUUUGAAGCCAAUUUGCUCUCGGAUUUCUGCGUUUUUAUCUCCACUUCCUGAAACCAACAUUGUGCAGUAGUGUUGUAUUUCGGUGGGAGAGUCGCUGAGAAUCGCUGUGAUGACGCUCGUCUCAAACAGCGUAUGAAUAGCUCCUAUGUUACCUGCUUCUGCUACAGCGUUCUUACGCCAAUUGGCUGUAUCCGGUGUCAAUCAGAGAAAACAUGAACCCCCUAAUAACUUUUAAAAAUGGAGCUGUACAGAAAAAAAGAGGACUUGAGCACAAACCAGUCUUACAGCAACUACAUGUGAGAAAAAUUUAUAUUCUGUGUAAGAGGGCCCGACAGAUUUAUCGGCCAAUUUUAGCCCGUUUAAGACUAAUCGGUAAUCGGCCAAAACUCGCAGAUUUUCCUCAACUCUCCCAAGUUGGGAUUUGUGAGGUUUGGGGUUCUUCUCCUGUGCAAAAUAGGAUGUUAUUCUGAGGUAAAGGUAGAAAUGAGCAGAAGAUGGACAAGAAGAUAUCAGCACUAAUAUCAGGCGCUCUCUUGUUGUGGUAAAAUAAUUACUGAACAAUAAGCUAAACUUAUAACCACUCAUCUAUGAAUUUCCAGACCUCAUUUGGGAAGGUUCAAGUUUUGCUAUGAAGACCUGGUUACAUGUAAAAACAGUUUUAAGCCUCGUGAAUUUCAGUUCUGCUUUUCAGGUCCAUAAAUCUUCACAUCUGUUUCAUUUUUACCUGAUGUUGAAUUCACCCCGUAACCCCGACGUCUACUGAAACCGCCACCGCCAAGUCUUUCACCUUCAGAUGCUGAUCGUAUUCUUUAUUGCUGUGUUUAAAUUUCUGUGUUGCUCUUGAAGAAGAGUACAAAGGGAAGAGAUAAUGCAGAAACGCUGUGCUUCUGUUUGCAAAGAUGAAGCACUUAGUGUCACAUUAAUAUGAAAUUAGCGAAUAAAAGCACUCUGAUACAUCUAUGCGCCUUAUUUGGUUGACUGUCUCUGACUCACUUCUGACUCGCUCUCUCCGUUAUCUCCUCUCUCAGGCUUACAUUAACUCUCUCGUGUCCCAUGGAUCUGAAGAAUUUCCCCAUGGAUGUGCAGACCUGCAUCAUGCAGCUGGAGAGCUGUGAGUACACCUCAAAGUUUCUUCGCUUGCACCUUUUCCUCUACAUACUUCAGCCUCAUCUCAACCUCACAUGAAAAAAAACAGACUUAACCUUAAAUAGCUCCACCAAAAGAGUGAGGACCAGCAAAACCGUCCCUGCUAAUCCAAAAACUCAUCACACACACGGUCUGGGACCGAACUUCUGCAGCACAUUUACAUAUUAAUGUGUUUGCUCACAUUUUACACCAACAGAGGGAACCAUAAUGGACUGCAUAAUAGAUAUCUGUCGGCAAAAGCUGGAAAUAAUGAAGCGGUUUUUCCUCGGUUGGGUCUUUGCCAAUGAAACAAAGCAGCGGCUUUUCUUCUUCUGCUUUUGUUGUUUGCCGACUGUGAGGUGGAAUACGAACACAGGUGUGCAGAGUUAAUUCACCUUGUGGCCGAGGGAAUUUAGUUCACCUCCGUUCCUGUUUGCUCCCAGUCUUAACUUCCCUCCUGGGUGAAGGGAUCAGACGUGGUCAACCUUACCGAGCACUUCUAGGGAUUUCAGACUUAGAAUCAAGCUUAGGGAGUCGAGUACAACCUUUUUGUUUAAUUAUUUUGAAUCUGUGAAGGCUUUUAGCUAAAUGUCUUUACAUACCAUCAUGCAUAACUUUCUGCAUCUGUGUUGGAUUUCACCAGCUAUGCCUACGUAUCUAAGUCUUUAUAUAACCUCUGAUCUAGGAUGGAGAAUACACUCUACUAUGACUAUAAUGUUUUAAGCGUUGCAAUAGUUUCAAGUUCAAAUGUUACAGCUCGCUCGGAGUUACCGGAUAACUUAGAGGAGGACUGUAAGUAGAGGGUUUUAAUCGCUGUGUUGUGUUGGUAUGUUCUCUAUGGUGAAUCGAAAAUAAGUAUGAAACAUUAGAGUCCAUGAAUUCACUGUGUUUUCAUUUUAUGUAAAAGUAAUGUUGUAUAAUUUUUACCCUACAGUUACGUCACGUUCGUAACAGGAAAUCUACAACAAAGAUUAAAUAACUCGACCGUAGAUUAGUAUAUAAAGCUAAAGUUGUCAGCUUUGAAAUGUUUUAUCUUCAUACCAAUAAGCCAGCAGUGUAAAAAAGCCCCGUAACUCUCCCCACCUUGCGAGGGUAUUACCGAUGUUUAUACCCGUUUUUGCCCUCGCUCGAUCACGUUCCUUUUUCGUUUGUUUGUUUUUCCUCCGUGUUGGACAUGCCCUCAAAUUCAACUCACAGAGAGCUGAGUCCAGAAACAUGGAUCAAAUUAAAGAAAAUUCGACAUGAUGCACCAAUUGAAGGCUUUGUCAGUGUUAGCGGACAAGUUUGACGAGAGGAAAAUGUCAAAAAAAAAAGUUUUGAUUUCUGCUCGACCUUAGACUUCAGCUGUGAGCCAACCCAACGCCUCGGUUAUUAAAAUAACUAACCAGAAAAAAAAGGCAGUCCUGCUCCUCAUUUUCAUUUUCUGCACCAGAAUUAAUUUAACUCUUUUUUUAUGACCAGAUAAAAACUUAAUUAAUCAGAGCGAUCUACAAACAUAACCUUAUCUCGAACUUUAACACACUAAAAUAAUUGUCUGUUUUACUUCAGUAGCACCCCGUGUUUCUGUCAUCGAUUUCUUGUUUCAUUUCUUUUCUCAUUAUUGUUUCCCUCCCUCUCUCUGAUUUAUUAUUCAUCACAUUAUUCAUCAAAGCUCACCUAAGCUUUUACUGCCAGUUGUCAGAGUCUGCGAGGGUUUUAUUGCAGCCGAGGCCUUGGAGCCUCACUCAUAAUUAAACCGCUCGGAAAAUGAAGCUCCUCACAUGUGUGGCCUACAAAUGAACAAUGUUACUCACACAUUGCUGAUUAAUAAGUUAACAUGGCUCAGCCGGAGCUUCGGCACUCAUGCGACCUCCUGCUUGCUUUAUUAUUCAACAUAAUUGCAAUGGCUUCUCGUGUCCGUGCCAUGUGUGUUUUCCAUACAUCCGUGAAGUGUCUCUGCACCCACAGGGACUUUAACUGUGCACAUCACUGAGUGUUAGCAUGCUGCAUGGAUUCAUACAACAUGAAUCACCACCUGUGCACACAGGAGCUGCAGAGAUCAUAUACUGUCUGAGAAUAAAAUAAAUCAGAUUAGGAGGAGGAUUCAUGAACUCUGAGAGGUUCAGUUUGCAGUUUGUACAGAUUUAUUUGUUAUUUUUUUAACGAUUCCAGGAGUAUCUCACGAGUUUUUAUGAGCUAUAGCCUAUAUGAGCAGUGUUGGGGGUAGGGCUGGGCAAUAGAACGACAACGAUGUGUAUCAAAAAUUAAUUUCCUUCGAUAUAGAUAUAAAACACGGCCAAUAUGCUUUUCAAUAGCCGGCAUUCUGCCAUGUUUUAGGAAUGAAACUUGUUGACUUAUUGUGUAUUUCACAAACUGGUUUAUUUAUCGUUGAGGCGGACCACUCUCCUCCGUGCGUCCCUGAGCUGCCUGCUUCAGAUCCGUCACUCUGCUGCACUGUGAGGAAGUUAGUGGAUGAAGAUCGUCAUGAGGUCGCUGCGCCAUCUACAGGAUAAGUUGAGGAUCUUUUCAAAUAGCGGAACAUUUUCGAAAUGGAACCGAAUCUUAUUCUCCGCAUUUUAUUUCUGAAAAUAUUGUCGAAAAUCGGCGAGUUUUUGCCGUUUACCGAUUCGUCUCAAAUGGGCUAAAAUUGGCCGAUUUAAUCAGCUCGCUGAUAAUUCGGUCGGGCCCUAGUUGAUACCGCCAUCAGACAGACUUUGCAGCGGGGAGUGGUUUGCUCUUCAUCUGAAACUGUGAAGUCGUACCAAUUCAACACGACUGACUUGCUCUUGUCCUGUUUAGCCACGAAAUUAUCGCCUUCUUCUGCAAACGCCAUGUUUGUUUACACCGGUGUGUGCGGAAACUGGGGAGCUCUCCCGCAGAAAGGGAGAGCCUACGGUGGCCACGAGGCGUGAGACAUGAUAGAGAGGAAAAUCGAUUUGACGAUUUUAAUUUUUUUAACAUCGUCAUAAUCAAAUAAUCUGAUUACGACUUAAAAUCGAUUAAUCGUGCAGCCCUAAUCUAAGUAUGUAAAAACUGGUGCAUGUGGUACUUUUAGCCUCUUCAACAGACUUCUUUUUAGUGUAGGUAGAGUGUAAAUGUGAGAAUGAAAGACUAGGCCGUAUCUUUUUACAGAAACUCAAAGUCAUAUUUAAUCAUAUUCAUAAAGUUAUAAUGACUUUAAUUCAUCCUUUGCCCAAUAAAGAGUUUAGCCUGAAGGGAGCCGAUAAGAGAUGAUUUGUCUUCAUUAAAAGGUUUUUGUCCUGCUGCAGCCACUGGCCAGAGGCAUCACCACGUAUAGGUCUGUCUUUGUUUAGUUUCAUAUUUAUUUCUGUAUAUUUAAUUAAUUAUUUUUAUUGCUGCUGUCUCUCAUGUCAUGCAGCAGGAACUCAGGAAACAUUACCACACGCACGCGAGUGAGAGAGGAUGUCAUGACAUGAAGCAGAAAAAACAGCAGCUCCAUGUAGAUUUAAUGCAAAGUAUUAAACGUAACAGAGGGUUAACAUGACGUGCAGUUUGUCUCCGCUCAGGUAAUCUCAUUGGUGGAAGUGAUACGAUGAUUUUAUUUAGAGCGGAGUAAUUGAAAUGGAAAAACGAGUGUUUAGCGUUGAUUGUAGUUGGUGUGACAUGUAGAACUUGUAAGAGCUGUUGAGCUGACAGUCAGAGAUGCUGUUCCCACCAGAGGCGAGUGUGAGAUUUAAAAAGCAUCCAGAGUGAAGCACAGAAGCUGAGGCGGUUUGGUUCGGAGGCGGAGGGCAUGCACUCUCCUUUUUUUCCCCCCUUUUUUGUUUGUUUUUUUUUGUAUAUGCACACACUUUCACACGCUUGCUGAACCUUAAGAGGAAACAUGAACUAAAUAUUUUGUGUCUGGCUGAAGGCUUGGACCAGCAUAAACCAGCUGCUCUCUGCUUCUGCCCAGAAGCCCCACAGUGCUCUGACUGCAUGCAUUUCAAUGUGGCUUCUAUCAGAUCUGAUCUGAAUACAUUUGUUUAGCCGGUUUGUUUCCUUCCUUUCUUUCUGCCUUUUUGUCAGUAACCUUCGCCAAAAAGAGGAAGAUGAACUAUUUAAACGAGUUUAAAGACUCGUAUGUAUUUAGUGUUAAAGGAGAUUCUGAUUGUUUCGUUCUGUUAGAUUACUUUGUCUCCAAACCCCCUCAUCUGUCAACAACCACCAGCUGCAUCUGAAACCUUCUGACUUUGUGACUCCAAACCUGGCUCCGCUCACUUUGUCGUUUUUUUGGUGUGCUUAAGUGAUACAUGAUCUGGCAUCAACACAGAGGGCUCUAUUUUCGUGCCUUGCCGGCGGCGUGGCAUAGGCGCUGCGUAAGUCAGGUCAGCUGCGCCGACAAGGCGUGCCCAAGCACACUUGGGGUUUUGGUGAACAGCGCAGCUAACUCAGCUCCUCCCAGCGGCGUAAGUCGUAGCGUGGGAGGAGAGAAGGCGUGGAGUGGGUUGAACACAGCCGAGACCUGUUUUCACCAAUCAGAUCAGCUCAGAAUAUUUAAUUUUAAUGCGGUUUCAGCUGUGUUGAUUUGGUGAGGUUGAGUGUCCAAAGCAUGCCAAAUGCGCUCAUCAGAUAAGAUAUAGAUCUAAAUGUAUGUGCUGACUCAGAAUAUUGGCUGUUGUUGAUUAUUUAUUGCAUUAAAUUGUGCCUGACACUGUGGAAACCUGCCGGUGAGGCAUCGGUGACAUAUGCGCACUACGCCGCUGGUCUACCAAAAAACCACUAGACCAGCUGCGCACCCCCUGCACUGAAAGCUGACCAGGUUUGAAUCGGCGAGCUUUCAGCGCACUUUCCACGCCGCCUGCGAGCACAAAAAUGUCACUGCGCCAGCUGAUUCUGUCGCCACCUCCCCCUGUUACGCCAACACGUCCAGCUUGGCGGUCCUCAGUGCGCCUCAGUCUACGAAAAUACCAAACUGGCUGUGCACCAGGCUCUGCCUGACAAAAAUACCACUGCAUGGGGUUCGCCACCAUCCACCGCACCGCCGGCGGGCAGGAAAAUAGAGCCGAGAGUGUUUUAUUGUAAGAGUUAAGCUAACUGAUGCGCCGUGCUCCAAAAAUAGGAAAUCCAGAAGCUGUCCUCAUCUGCUGCAGGAGGCUCCAGAUUGUCAGAAAUAAAACGGCGCUAAAACAAACAAUGUGACAAACAGUGUAUAGUAACUCCUCUAACACUUACUCUGUUCGUACAAAGUGCCAAAGGAGCCUCAUUUCCAACAGAGCUGUCAAUCACAGUUUGAAACCGCAGUAAAUAAUUUAUUAAAACUGAACCUGUUGGACAGAUAAAACACAAUAUUCACAAAACAGACACAUUUAUUUGAGGCGUACCUUGAUUUUAUAGUUUGACGCGUCUGUUCACAAAGGAGGAGCUGGAAUCUACACACAUACUGCAGCCUGCCAGUAGAGGGAGCUCCAAUUGGUUUUGGCUCACAUACAGGAACUGUUGUGUCAAACAUGUUUUAUCCAGUCUAUGCUCAGAUUAAAGAUCUUUUAAAGCUGCAGCUAAAAAAAACUCUUAUUUUUCUGUAGUUUUUAUGAGAUAUGGAGCAUAAAAAUGUUUAAAUUCUGAUUUAUCUGACCAAGGGGUUCAUGUGCUUUUGUUUCCCAGAGUUUAGGAAGAACCAGCAGUGCAGCAUUUUUACUGAGGCUAUGAAUACUCCAAAAACAACUCAUAAAUGUUUUUUUUUAACCUAACCAGUCUUGUUCAUGUUCGAUUGUAAUGAUUAAACUUUUCUGUGUUUUCCUGUUUUUUUUUUUUUAGUCGGUUACACCAUGAACGACCUGAUCUUUGAGUGGCAGGAGAACGGACCGGUCCAAGUGGCUGAAGGCCUCACGCUCCCUCAGUUCAUCCUCAAAGACGAAUCAGACCUCAGAUACUGCACCAAGCACUACAACACGGGUAACACACACGCACACACACACACACACACACAUAUACACACUUCCUGAAAAACACACACUGCCGUAAGCAACCAAACACAGGUAACACGCACACGGGAGGAAACGGCUGCCACAUUUCAUCCAUCACGUCUGAGCUGCGGGGAUCGAGACGUAAAAAAAAAAAAAAUCCACUGCAGGAGAGGAAGAAACAGACGGACAUGCAGACUGAUGUUGUCCUUUCAUUAAAAGGGAUCUGAACUCAGACUGUAGACAAACAGCGAUGUAGUGUUUUGACCUGGAGCGCUGCAGAGAGGGGGGAGGGGUCCGCAGUGAUUCAGGAGGCACAGAGGAGGACGGGCAGACGGAUAUUUAUAGAUUUUAGGCCGAAUAAUGAGAUGACCUCAAGACUAGACCAGCAUUUUACUCCAUUUUGGCAUUUGCAUUCAAACCAAACACAGAAUUAGAUUCGACACUAGCACCAGGGUAAAUCCCAUUAGACGAGGGUAUUAUAAAGCACACAAGUAUUCAGAGUCUUUACAGAAAUGAAGGUGGUCUCCGCAUCCUGCAGCCAAACAAAACAAGUUAUUUUCUAAGUGUGUCAUCAGCAUAAAGCACCAGUUGUAUCAUGAGUUGGUAAUGUUAUUUCUGUAAAAAGCAUGACAAACACUCCCUCAUAGAGUCAGAUCCGUCCCCUCUCCUUUUUGUUGGUUAGUCAUAUUGUGUAUCAUGUAAAUAUUGAACCAACACUGAGUAACUUUUUAACCUUCAUGUAAUAUUUUGCAAACUUUUGCGAUGGUUGAAUAGCAUCUCUGUCGUGGCCUGAGGGGGUCUGUGUAGUUUAGACCUGACUUCUAUUUCCAGUCGUUUUGCACACUGGAGGAUGGUGCGAGCCGCGUUACACAAGAAAACUACCUUCUACCUUCAGGCAAAACACUACCGCUCUGUUCCGCUGGCGCCGCCAAACUCCACCGAAACUGAAAGUUAUUAAGUUCUGCUUUAACGUUAUUAUUCCUAGUUGUCCGCGCUGGUCUGCAAAGCCUCGUUCCCGAGCAGAAGCCUGUGCAUGUAGCACAACAACGGUUCAAAACAAUGUAGACUGCAGUCUGUGGCAUCACUCUCAGCUUCAUCUUCAUCUUCAAUUACGAUUAUUCAGAGUUAGUUAUUACUGAGAAAUGUCUAAGUAUGCUCCAGCAGAUCUCCAUGUGAGGAUAAAUUGACUUUUUUAAGGUAAACAUCUUUAAACUGAUGCUUUCCUUGUAGUUGAUGGUGUUUUUUUCCGCUGACACGCAUCAGGAAAGUUUAAGAAUGACAGACUCAGCAUGUAUUUUGGGUGAUUAGAUGUGCAGCAGGGUAAAGUAAAGAGUCACCUUCGUCACCUUCUCCUCAGUCUUUGUCAUUGUGUUCAGUGGUCUGCGCUCUGUUUCAGGUAAGUUCACCUGCAUUGAAGUGCGGUUCCACCUGGAGCGUCAGAUGGGUUACUACCUGAUCCAGAUGUACAUCCCCUCUCUGCUCAUCGUCAUCCUGUCCUGGGUCUCCUUCUGGAUUAACAUGGACGCCGCCCCGGCUCGAGUGGCUCUGGGCAUCACAACCGUGCUCACCAUGACCACACAAAGCUCAGGAUCCAGGACUUCACUGCCCAAGGUGUGUGUUUGUUUUCUAUUAUCUUCCUGUGCUUGUGUGUGUGUGUGUGUGUGUGUGUGUCGGCGUCUUCAGAUGCCCACAGGUGGAACAGACUUGGGUUGGAGAGUUAGAGAGUCUAACCUGCCCACAGUGAGAGUGUGAGGCUGAAUGGUUGUCGGUCUGGAUUUGUCAGAGCUGGGAUCCCCCCUGUGGCCUCUGUUUCCCUCACAGACUGUGCAGAGAUACUCUGAGGAUGAGGAGAAAUCCAAACUGAUAUAAAAAACUGAAAAUCUGUGGCUGUCACGCUCUGAACUUUGAGAGGAACGGCUUUUUUUCUCUCUUUCCUCAGACUUCAGACAGUUUAAUGGAGUUAGAGAGCUUUUCAGACAGAUACUGCACUGGACUCUAAACUGUCUCUAACCCCAUCUUGUUGUUGUGGUUUGAUUUCACACUUUUUAUAGCAGACCUACUGUAUGUCACUACGUGCAUUAGCUUGAUAUAUAUCACUCAUUAUUUCCUUAUAGUUACUUUCAAUGCUGCUAUUAAGUGUUUUACCCCGUGCGUGCAUUUUAAAUGAAACUGCAUCUGCUGCUUUAAAUCAGUUUCUUGUUUAUCAGUUAAAUUCUUGGUGCGUUUAGUGGCUGCAGUCUAUUCUUAAUCAAUUAACAUGUUUGAUUGUGUUAUUUAUUUAUUUCUAUAUUCUGGCAAAUGUACACAUCCAAACAGGUUGAGAGUGAUGUUUUUGCUCCUGUUGGGGGCAAUGCCCGCCCUCCCUCAUGACUUCAUGUCUAAAAAAUGCCUCUUAGACUAUUCCGAUUUUUUAACCAUAUGUGACACAUAUCUGAUUUUUUCAUCUAAGUGUGAACAGUGCAAUUCUGAUUUGUUCUAAUCUGACCCAGGCCUCUUUCAUAUGUGGCUUUAAAUCAGAUAUGUAUCCGAUGUGACUGCAGUGUGGACGCUCAGGUCGCGUUCAUCCGACCUAUACGUCAUCAAUUUGGGACAAACGUCACCAUUGUUCGACAACACAAACAGGCGCGGAAAGCAAUUUGUACUUUGUGCGCAUGCAAGUCACUUCACGGACGCAUGGUGAACGACCACACAAAAAGAUCGGAUUUAACAAAAAAUCCGAAUUGUGCAUCAUAACCUGCAGUGUGAAUGUAGCCUUAGGCGUCUUCUUGAAUGUCUUUGUCUUUAAUGCCCUAGAGGUGAAAAUCAGGUUGGAUUAAAAACAUCCUGCUAGAGCAUAAAAUGUAAACUUGUGCUGCGUUCCAGUUACCUCGGAAGUUGGAUGUCGGAGCUGGGAGUGACGUUACGCCUGAGUUGACCGUGUUCCAGUAAACAAGUCGAAAAACCAAGAUGAACGCCUACUGUUAGCUGUUGUUAGCUGUACCAGUUGUAAACAAUGCAUGAUACAACACGGUAUUUUACUUUUACGAACACCAGAGCACUGCGUUCACAGUUAGACGUUGGACAGUACAACAUAAACCACUUAUUAAUUUCACAAAAACAAAACAGAAGUGCGAAUAAAUAAAACAUUACGAGAGCUUUCACUGUCACUCUUUACCGUCGGUGCACUGCGCUGCCAUCUUGGAUUAUGUCGUUGUUGUCAAGUCGGGGUUGGUGAGGAAAUCCCACCACAGGGGGGCGUUCCAGACGAAUUUUCAUCUCAUAGCUUGGAAAUCCCGACUUCUGAGUACAAUUGGAACGCAGCAUAAGUACCCUGUGGUUGUUUUUUCAGUGGGUUUAAUGUAAACAGAGAACCGUUUGGAUGCCCCACCAGUAGAAAAAAUGUAAAUAAAGUUCCCCUCUUAGGACUUAAGUUUUAAUUUGCACUUUGGAUGCCCCUUCAGUGGAUAAAAUCAAUACAAAGUUCCCUGAGGGUUGCUAUUUUUAGUAGAUUAAAAGUAAACAAAGCGCCUUUGUGUCGCCCUUCUUGUGUGUGCAUUUGUCAUAUUUAGCUGAUUACACAUCUUGAUGUCAUGUGACUGUGGGGUUCAUCUCUUUGGGGUCAUCAGAUUCCCUUUCAGUUUUUGUGUUUUCAUUUACUUAUGUACGUUUGUACUUAUUUUAGAUGCAAACUAAUACAGAGCCACAGAAAAUUAAAACAACAAACAGUUUUCACAGACUAGUCCUAAACUUUUAACCAUCAUGUGACACCCUUUGGCCAAUCAGAUUACGGUAUAAUGUGGAUUUGGUUGAAUCUGCCCUGCAAACAGUCUGCAGGCAGUUCCUGUGUGUGCCGAGUCCACGGAGGAGCAGACAGAUUGUGUCCAUCUGUUUUAAAGGGUUAAACUCCCAGGCGUUCAGCGUAGCUCAUAUAUGAAUAUAGUUACAUAUUUAGCAGGACAUACACUGAAUACACUUAUGGUAAGUAGGUAAGUGAGGUGUACAGAGAGAGUGUGUAUGAGUGUGUUUUGUGUACAUGUGGCAGAGUUCAUUUAUUCCCUCUCCAGAGACCUGAGAUGCCUCUUCUUCUGUUUUUUUUCCUGCGUUUUUAUUGGUGGGUGUUUUGCUUGGGCGGCCAAAGUGUGUGUUGAUUACUCACAUCAUGUGUCCGCUCGAGCAUGUGUGAGAGAGCCCCUCAGUCUUUCUCUGGUAUCUUGUAUGCAUGAGGAAAAAUCCGACAUGGAGCACUUUGUUAUAUAACCCUUAUUAGUACAUCCAUCUCUCUCACAUGCUGCACACACACACACACACACACACACACACACACACCUCACCAACAUGGCCGAGGCUCUGUGUGUGUGUGUGUGUGUGUGUGUGUGUGUGUGUGUGUGUGUGUUUCGAUGUUAGGAGGUUUCUCAUGUUUCUGAUGCCCGACAGAACUUUGCACUCCAGUAUGUUACACGUGUCUAAGUGAGUCAUUAUUUCAUAAAGCUGGGAGGAAACAUCACUUUGACAUCACAGCACUGUUGGCAAACCCGUGUAUGUGUGUGUUAGCGUGUGUGUGAUUGACAGGCAGCAGCUGCGACCCUGAAAUAUUGGAGGAACAUUAAAGAGUCAAAGUCCUCGGAUUGACGCCGAUUCCGUGUGUCUGUGCGUUCACAGGUCUCCUACGUGAAGGCUAUAGACAUUUGGAUGGCCGUGUGUCUUCUCUUCGUCUUCUCCGCGCUGUUGGAGUACGCCGCCGUCAACUUCGUGUCGAGGCAACACAAAGAGCUGCUGCGGUUCAGACGGCAUCACAAGAGCAAGAGCAAGGUACCGAAAUAUCCUCACGAAGAAUCAUCUCCAGUUUUAUUGUUAUUAUCUCGUGUGAUCAGGCACCAAAAAAACAAAUCUAAUAAACUUUAAAUUUGCCCUUACAAUACAGAGAAACAAAGAAAUGAGCUAAUUUAAUCAUCUUUUUGACACUAGAGAUGGAUAAGUUUCUAAAUAUAAAGACCUGAUGUUCCUACCAGCUGUGUGUCAGCUACAACGCUGCAGCGUGUUGCUGCUGUCUUUCUUGAUUAAGGCCAAUUUCUACUGUCCCAAAUCCAAAAAGGUCCAGACACUGUAAAGUUAGAUAUUUUGCACAUCAUUUAAAACCAAUACCAAUCUAAGGAUCUACAUUUUAUGGUGUUACAGCAGCAUUUUUCUUGUGAGCCAGAAUAAUAUCAGAAUAUAAUAUAUGUAUUUUCUUUUCUUUUAUGAUGUAUGGCAGUGUUUUUAUUCCCCGUGCCUGCUGCAACCUGCCCAUUUUGGGACAUAAUAAAGUUGAAGUGAAUAUAAGAAGAGACACAUAUCAAUAAUUCCCAAAUGAAAAAUAUAAAAAAUAUAGCAGUAUAAUAUUAUCUUUGAAAUAUUUUAAUCAGAUAAUUAUGAUCAUCUGGAGUAACAGAUUUACUGUUUACUAUUUUAUCAGGAAAAACACAGAAAUUAACACAUUGAAGAGCCCUGUCUUACACGUUUGGCCUUGUUUUCUCCAGUACUACUCCUACCUUACAUAUUCUCUCUAUCCCUUCAUAACUUCACAUACCACUGACACUAAAUCUCUAAAUCAGAACCUGCUCACAUCACUGAUGCUCGUGUUCCCAGAGGUUAACAGAUUUAUUCAGUAGAAAAAACACUGUAUGUUUCUCCUGUUGGAUACAGCCACCUUGUGGACACUUAAUGUCAUUACAGUUUAAUAUUCAAAAAUGAGAAAAUAAAAGUGGUGAGACAGGAACAGAAAAUAAAGUUGGACAUUAUUGAAUUGUAAAUGAAACCACUGCAGAUGUGUGACAGUAGAUAUAGAGUGUGUUAAGUGUGCAUGUUUGACUCUCCUGAAUCACCACACGUCACUUACUGAAUGAGUGCAUGAUUACAGCAUGGCUGUACCUCCAUCACAGUGCUUUUAGAGCCAUUAGCUCACUGAUGUGUUAUUUCUCUGACACCGGGAUGUCCAAUCAGAGGACGAGCCUGAUGUCAGUGCAUGUUAGGACCUCUGUGGGUCGGGAACGCAUUCAGUCAACUCACUUGAAUUAACUCGCUUUUUACCGCACGACAAAAGAGAGUAAGUGAGUGAGAAAGGAAGUAAAGCUUAUUUUAUAAAACACCUAAUCAGAGAAUAAUCAGCUGUUUAUCUGUGGAAAAGGUAGAUGGAUGUCUUUACCAGUGAAAUGAUAGAAGAAGUUUUGCUUUAAAAAACAUUUAAAAGUGUCUUUAUUUCAAAUAUUUUCAAUCCACUUCUUUCAAUCUAAUCAUGUCAGUAUUAACGUUUUACAGAAAAGAAGGUUUGUGUUUGUCUGUGUAAGUAUUUAAAGGGAUAUUUCACUGUUUUUGAGGUUGUAUGAGUCACAGGGUAAGGCUACAGUUUCCAUCAGACGGGGUCAAGCCUGAUACAUAAUAAAGCGAAUUUUUAGAGACUCUGACUCAACGAUUACUUCAAUAGUUAUCCUCUUUACUAUCUAAUUGGUACCAUUACAGUUUAUUUGAGGUACUUUAGUGCCUGUUUGUUUUAGAUAACCAUAUCAGAAACUGGUAAAAGGCAACAGUCUAUUGAAAAGUUAUUUAAUAACUGAAUUCUUGGUGAGUGAAUCAGUUCAUUGGCUGUAGCAGCUACAGUAAACCGUCUGCUCACCAUUUCAAGUCCUUUAUUCAGGUAAUAAAUCAGAUUUUAGCAGCAGGUUUGAUUUUAUGACGAUGUGUUUUUGGCAGCGGAGAGAACUGUUGAUUCAAAGUCAACCUCCUCGCCUUAAAAUCUUUCAACACUAGUGUCUGCACCGGAUGAGUCACGAGACCGUUUGAAACACAUAUCCAUCAUUAAAACCAUAAAAAGGCCCUGUAUUGUUUAAUUGUUUUGACUUUUCUCUUCAUACUUCCUCGUUGGAUCUAUUUCUGCUCUCUGCCCAGUAACAGCCAUGGAAAUAGCUACGACAGCAUAAACUGUACAAGUGUGUCGACUCUUUGGUUGACUUGUUAACAGAGCUAUAGACUGUACAGUAUGGACCAGGACUGAGCGAUUUGGCCAAAGAAAAUGGUCACAAUAUUUUUUUGUCAUAUCAUCUGAUCAUCGAUUAUUUUCACAAUUGUUUGUUUGUAUUUUUUUAAACUGCCAACUAUCUGUACUAAAAACUAAAGAAACGUGAGAUUAGUUCAACAUUUUAUUAACAUACAAAGUGAAUAACAAAGAAAAUUAACUGAGAUAACUCAACAGCACAACAAAUGUAGAUAAAUACUAAAUAAUACAGUGAACUAGUUUACAGUCCUGAGAGGAGGAGAGUCCCUGCCUCCUCAGGGAUAAUGAAGACGCCUUAAAAUGUAAACAUUAGAUGAUGUAAACGUAGAUGAUACGAUUGAUUGCUUUGGUCUGGUGGCUGCACCGCUAAUUGUGGCUAAACUGCUAAUGCUACCUGUAUCGUCAGCAGUGACAGGCUGUACAGACUCCGCUCACAUUUUCAUGAUUUCCUCAUAAUCAAUCGGGAAAAACUUCUUCAAACGAAUAAACAGAUCUGUUGUGUUGCUGGUUUUUGAGGCACCGACCGCCGACAUACCUUAUGUAUCGGCUUAAAGUCAUGGUUGACAAUUGGAGAAAUUGGAAGUUAUUAUGAACCUCGUUUCUAUGGCGAUCAUGGUCCUAUAGUGCGAUCUCCACAAAGUGAAGAGAAAAAAGAACGGAAAUAAUCUGUUCACCCUAUCAGGUGCAGGGCUGCAAAAACGUUGACCAAUGGGAGCCAUCCAUCCCGGACAGCUCCUAUUGGUUAAUCUCCUGCUCCGCCUCUCCAUCCAAUCACCUUGCUGUAUUCGACACACCCCUCUUCCAUAGUUCCAACUCAUCACUCAUCACCGUGGAGCUCAGAGGGGAGAGGUUUGUGUGUGGGGUUUGGGACGCUUUUUUCAAACCUGCCUCAACGGCUCCGUUUUUUUCAACCUCUUUUUCCAAUCGCCAACCAUGCCUUUAAUGAGAUACCCGAACCACCACCACCAUAACUGACUCAAAGUAAAUAUGCUCACAGCUGAUCACCGUGAUCAAACUGAAAUUUAUCACAAUCAUAUAAUCACGAUCAUAUAACCGCCCAGCCCUCGAUGGCGCUCUGCUCAAACCGCGCUCUCCCCAGAUGUCCCGUGGGCAUCUUCAACCAGAGUUUCAGUGACCGAUAUCAUUAAACGUGUGAGUUGACUGAAUGUCUGGGUGUCCCAACCCGUUCUCUCGGGUGCUGUUUGGGUUUUUUUGUCUUCUUUUGGUUUCUGUGUGUUGAUCACUGGUGUGCAUGCUGUCGAUCGGUAGAACAGUGGAGGUGCAGUUGAUCCAGAAGAGCUGGCUGACUCCCUCCGUCGUGUUAACAUUGACAUCGGCCUCAAACCAUCAGACCCUCUGUAUGGAUCAAUGAGCAACAUCUACACCGACAACCACAGGGUAACCACACUGUGCACAUACAGUCUGUGUGUGUGUGUUUGUGUGUGUUUGUGUUUGUGCACGUUUACUCUCGUUUGUGCAUGUGUCACCUGCAUGAGCUGACUUGUUUUUGUGGGUUCUCCUUCAUCGGUUCAUGUUCUUAAUGCAGCUGUUUUUUCAGACGACAUGAUAAAGGACAUGUGCAAAACUUAAAGUGCUCCAAAAAACAAUCUUAACCAUUACAAAAUUAUUGUUAAGAACCAAUUUCCUUCUUUUAAAAUCUCUUCAAGGAUUGGAAAAUUAUAAGUUUACAUUGAAACUGUUAAUGUGGGAUUUGUCGUACUUUCUUUUACGAAACUUCUCGGCGUUUUACUCAAAUUAAAGAAGAGACCAUGUUUAAAGUGGGGGGAAAGAUUGGUCCUGGAGUAACAAAUGUUGAGGUCCUCCUGACUGUGCACAAUACAGCAUAACACUGUUGCAGAUUUAGAGUAUCAUCCAGAAAACAUUCAUUAAAUAUUCUUCUUUAAGUGUCAGAAAGGAUCCCUUUCGAUAAAGAGGAGCUUUCAUGACUUGGUUAUCAGCUCAAACAAUGAGAAGCCGUUAAAUCGUUCACACCAAAUCAACUAGACUUCAUCACCAAAUUAAAAUUUUUACCUCACAAACAGAGAAGUUACUGAUCUACUGCAGCCUGGAUUUGUUUCCUUCAGAUUUCUUUAUAUAAACCCACAAUUUAUAGUGUUGGAGAGGAAAAACAAGAACUGUAAAGGAAGGAGUCGGUGUUGAAAUGAUUAAAAAGACCAUCACUGAAGUAUAAACUGAAGAAACUCAACUGUUUUGUUUUCACUCGGUCAGUCCCUCCCAGAUUUGUGUCAUAAAUUAGUCAUCCGUGGUUUAUCUUUCAGGAUCAGAUCUUUGUGUCGGUGUCUGAGCUGUUUUGGAGGAUUAUCUGAGCGGAAUAUUGUUUAUGGAGCAACACCGACGACUCUCAGACAACCUCUGAGACCGAAAAAGAAAAACUACCUCUGAAACAUUACCAUAAAAAAACACGUAAUGGCAUCAAAACAAGAGUUUACAUUAAAUAAACUUUACUGAAGAAAAUGGUCAUUAAAGAUUAAACCAGUCUGUAUCCAGUAACUCUUUAUAUGAAGAACUUUGUAAUAAGUGUUAAUAAAUAGUUAAUAAGCUAAUUAUAAGACCUUAAAUAGUGAAUAUAAACUUUUAUAAUUGUUAUCAGGUGUAAAUAAAAGUAAAAUUGAUUAUAAAACUCGUAAAGGCUCUAUUAGAAACUUGUCAAUCUUCAUCACACUUGAUCGAAGAUUAAUUAACAUCUCACUAAAGUUAAUGAGUAAUAUUUUAACUGUUAAGAAUUCAGUAAAUGUUUAUAAUAUUGUAUAUUAGUCAUGAUUUAAUAAAGUCUGGUACAUUUAUUUCAAUGUAUAUACAGUACAGCACUGUAUUUUUACCAUAAUUAGUAUAAAUUUCUUGCAAAUGUGUCACAAGCGAACAAUAAUACCUUCAUUAAUAUUAAAUUAACAUUGUACAGUAAGAUAAUGUUCAUAAAAUCCCAUUGAUGAGAAUUAAGCCUCAAAGUGUCAAACAGUAACGAUAAUGAAUGUUGUUAAUUAUGCUUUAUUAACAUAUAUUAGCGUCCUAUAAGGUCGAUGAGUUGAUGCUUAUUUGGAGGAUCUUUAUAAAAGUGUUCCUUAUUUUCUAUUAAUUUUCAUUAUGAUUAGUUUUUUUUUUUUAUUACAAUCUUAAAUUAGUUGUUGCUCAUUAACAGAAUUAAAAAUUUGCAAUGAUGAACAAAUAGCAGAUGCAAAGAAAAUGUGUCUAACCGUAAUGAUUAAGACUACUUUAACAUGGACUUCUCCAGAGGGUUGUGGUGUUUUAUACAAAGAAGGAUCAGGACAUGUUUAGAUUUGAAGAGUUUUUAAGCAGAAAAAAGACAGAAUAUUGUAAAACUAAGACUGUGAAUAUAAUCCAAAGAGACAAAAUUGUACGUUUACGACUUUAUUUCCAUAAUUUUGUUCUUCUAUUCCCAUAAAAACAUGAAUAUAAGACCUAAAUCUUAAUCUUUUAACUUGUGGCUCUAAUGUUAUUUGACUCUUUAACUCUGAUCGUUACUCUAAAUUGUGUGUAAAGUCAAUAAAUCAGUCAGACUUACUUUAGUGCUCAAGGUUCAGCCGGCGACACAUGUAGUUUAUGAGGAGAAAAAUAAAUGAGCAAUAUCAUUUGACCUCCUCCGCCUCCUCCUCCUCCUCUUCUUCCUCCUUCUCUUCCUCCUUUUCUCCCCGAUAGGAAGGGGAAGUUCACGAGAGCAGACCGACCUCUGCAGCUGCCGUGACCUCCACUCCCAGCAACAGCAAGGAGUCGAAGGCGAGCACCAACAACACCGUGGCUGUGGUGAACACGCCUGGAGCCACAGCGAACACUACCCAGAAUCCACCGGGGCCCACGACAGGUGGAGGGGGUAAAAGCACAGAGGAGAUGAGGAAGUUAUUUAUCGACAGAGCCAAAAAGAUUGACACUGUGUCGAGGGCCGGCUUCCCUCUGGCCUUCCUCUUCUUCAACAUAUUCUACUGGGUCCUCUAUAAGAUCCUCCGACAUGAAGAUGUACAUAAGCAGUAGAGGAUCAUUUACUCAGCAUCUCCACGCCAAAACGUUCUCGGUCGGAUUUUUAUACGAGGGCACUUCCUCGACCCUGACCGCUUCAUAAAGGAAACCUUCACUUUACAAAAAUAUCCUGUUCUGGAAGAAUAAAAGUCACACUGAUUCUCAAAAACUAUGUAUAGAAACACUCAGAAAGAUCGAAAAUGUGACCGUCACCGUUUAAAGGGAUAAUCCGGCGUAAAGUCAGGAACACUGAGUUGGACAGCCCCCCUCUCCCCGAGAGAUGAAUGUUGUUGACUGCUUGCUUCUCUAGAUAUAUCAACUUCAGCAAUGAAGCAAUGGUCUAUGUCUCCACGCGCAAACCUCAACCCAAACGCCACUCUAUAGCCACAAAUAAUGCUCAGAACAGCACCUAACUUCAUCAACAGGACAUAUAGGGUCACAGACAUAGUACUAGACACCAAACAUCUUUUUAACUUUGACUCAUUUCUUUAGCAAAGAGACCAAACACAACUCACCCACUCUCCUCCAGCAGCUACUUGUUUCUGGGGGAGCCCUGACGAGUCAAUCACAGAGUGCAGUGGAGUUUCGCAGCUCAAGGAAGAACAUUUAUGAUCAUUACUUAAUCAUCAUAAUGAUUAAUAUGAUGAUUAUUACUUCAAGGAAAUGAUUUGCUGCACUCGGUGAUCGACUCAACAGGGCUUCCCCACAUACAAGCGGCUGCUGGAAGAGAGUAGGUGAGUUGUGUUUAGUCUCUUUGCUAAAGAAAUUAGUCAAAGUUAAAAAAAUGUUUGGUGUCUAGUACUAUGGCUGUGACCCUAUAUGUCCUGUUGAUGAAGUUAGGUGCUGUUCUGAGCAUUAUUUGUGGCUAUAGAGUGGCGUUUUGGUUGAGGUUUGUUUAUGGCUCCUCAGACCGCUGUGUAUUGCUAUCAUGCGGUCGUUACUAAAGUUGGUAUAACUAGAGAAGCAAGCGGCCGGCAACAUUCAUCUCUGGAGGGGGUGUCUGACUUUGUGUUAUGGUGUGUUUGACCAUAACUUAAAUUUACGCUGGAAUAUCCCUUUAAGAGAUCUUUUUAAAAAAAUGAAAAAGAAAAGAUUUUUCAAAGUGGAAAGCGUUGAGUCGCUGAAAGUGUUUAUAAAAAGUGGAUGUAGCCGCCAAGAUCUCUCCUGAUUCAACAGUUUCAACACCAACAACGAAUCCCAAGUGUGAGUCGGUCGUCAGAUAAAGAUGUAGCACCAGCUUUACUUUUCUCUGAUGAAGGCUACAUUCACUUUUUAUAAACAACGAUCUGCGUUAUUUUAACUCAAAACUCACGAUAUCCCUUCAAGAGCACCAGCAAGCGUGUGAGCUAAAGACACCAACCAGAUCCAGGUUAGUUAGUGUGUUUUUUUUCUUUAAUCGGAUGGCUGUCCUCGUAGAUGAAAGUUAGUCCUUGCACUGUGUUCUCCCUCUCCGAGAGACGUUGGCUCUAAUCUGGGACUCCUUGAAACUUUAGCACUGUGACAGAAACCAAGACAAUCCUGAGGAGCAGAGAGGACGGGAUGAAUCAUCUCCUUCAUUUACAGACAGUGAGAAAACUGAUGAACCUCAGAAAUGUGAAGACGCCAAGUUCAGAGUUUAUCUACGAAAUCCCACCACGAUAACAGGCUCUGAUCACGGCUCUGAGGAGCAGCCGAUGAUUUUCUGUGACAAACUGGAGACCGAAGAGACUUCCUCAAGAAAUGUGGGAACCACAGAAACACACACACGGAUUACACACUGUUUCGCCCACUCGUGUCUUACAGCUCAGCUGCCAAUGUUGUGUGUUUUUUUUCCCUAACACGUUGAGCCGUUGGCACCAGUCCACGCUCUGUAACGACUCGUUUCUAUCAUGAAGUAACACCACUGUUCUGUUUGUCCCCGCUCACACUCUGACUAACGCCACAGCUCCUCCGGUACUUUCCUGCUCGCCCCUUCAGUCAUUUAUUCUCACUGAGUUAUUGAGUCACUUUCAUUUUGAGCCUAAAGUCAAAGUCCCGACUGACACAUAACUAAAUUAUUUACUGUUUCCUGUCCGGCUGGGAACCCCCAAACUUUAAAACCUUUUCACUGAAAGGUCGUUGACAGCUGGUGUUUUCAGACUUUCUGCUUUUUACAAAUGUGUUAUUGUGUGAAAGGCUGCAAAGUUGAACCUCCUCCUGACUGCGCUGACUAAAAAUCAUUCUCCUUUAGUGAAAUAUUUCUGCUAAAACAUGACAGGCUCAGGGUGUCGUUAGAGUUUCUACAAACAUUGAAGAAAGGAUUUCCACAGGGACGGACGUUUGGGUUGAAGAGUAAGAUGCUAGUUUUCCUUUUUUUUCCAAGCUCCAAUUGCUGGUUGGAAAUCCUGGGAUGCCCAUCACCUAGAAACUCAGAGGAAAGCCCAGGAUCCCCAAUGUCCAAACCCUUGCUGGUUACCCGCUGCAUCACCGAAGUCUUUCAUGGUUUUUUGCUCUCAGUUGAUCUUUUGUUUACAACAAUUGUACUUUAGCAGCUUCACAGAAACAGCUGAUCCAUACUCUUUAUUACACUAUUCACAAAGGCUGAGUACCAACCAUAGCCUGUAUAUAUACUGUGGACAACUUGGGUCCACCGUCCACCAGUAUACAGAUUUGAAGCCAGUAUUUUUCUCCACUUCCUAAAACCAACAUUGCGCAGUAGCAUUGUACGCAUUCAGCAGGAGAGUUGCUGUGAUGACGCUCAGCUCAAACAGCGUAUCCCACAGGUGAGCUACGCAAUCUUCAUACUCCUAUAGGCUGUAUCAAGUGUCAAUCAAAGAAAACAUGAACCCCCUAAUAACUUUAAAAACAGAGCUGCACAGAAAAAAAGAGGACUUGAGCACAAACCAGUCUGACUGUAACUACAUGUCAAGAUCAGACCAACAGACCAAGAAAAAAAACAUCCUGUAACAGGCAGAAAACUCGAGCAGAACCAGACUCAUGUAGGACACUCAUCCGUGGAGUUUAGAGAGAGGACAGAGGGAGAUGCAGAAAGAGAAAGAUGGACUAUAACAAUAGUACAUGCAGACCGGUGCCAGAGACAAUGGAAACAAGCAGGAGUACGAUUUACAAGAACAGCAAAGACUGAUCUUAGUUUGAUUUAAAGCCACUAAACUCAACAGGUCUACAGUAGUAGAGCAGAUUGGAGGUUAAUAAUGGGAGUUGGAAUUGGAUCGGUUGAAACACGAAGUUCUAUAAUUAACAUUCACUUUGUAACAUUGAUGAAGAUGGUGAGAUGUUAACAUCUGAAGAAGCUGGACAUUCAGGCAGGACGUCUUUAGCAGCGAUCCAGAAGAAACUACAGGAUGAUGGAGUUCAGAGACUCCCAGAGAGAAGACUGUGAUCAGGUUCUCAAUGUGCCGGUACCCGUUGCGGUCUAACCCCCAAUUUUCACCACAUCCACUACAGAACAGCAGUGAUUUUUGUAAUUCGCUAAUUCCUACCGGAUGUGUUUGUGAGUGGAUUUCAGACAGCGGGAAUCACGAGACCUCACAAGAACCCACAGAUUCACAUGCAGUCACACGUUAAGGAGUUGUCUCGAUAAAGACAGCCAUAUAACCACAUAAGAAAAAGAUUGCGUCCUUACAGAGGAGAAAACCUACUUCUAGACUUCUAAAAUCAGCAUCUCCUCAUCCACGAUGUCAACGGGGUGAAAUGACAUCUGAAAACCUCUGACUUGUUCGUCUCUGCUCACGUUUGCGUGGUGUUUUAUUUUGAGAAGAAGCCGGAUGUUUUUAUUUUGUGUCUGUGCCUGACUUCCUUUUCAGCACGGGUUAAUCUGUGCUGAAUUUAUGCGGCAUGCUGUGGCGUCUGGAAAAAAUAGAACCCUGGCGAUCGGCUACGAAGUACGCUGAACCGCAGCAAACAGAAAAAAGACGGUGGAAUUGACGCAUUAACUUGAAGGGAAACGAUCAGCUGCGAUCAGCGCAUGCGGCUUUUUGGCAGCUGUUCCAGAUGCAGUGGAAAUUGGGGGUUAGCCUUUAGCAGUGUAACUAAGAGCUGGUCCAGACCUGAACCAGCUCCAACUACGAGAGGAAGGUCUUGAGUCCACUUUAAAGAGUAGAGAGGAUGUCUGACUCCCAGACCUCAACUGGUAGAAGGUUCCUGAGAAGAGAGUCCUGAUAAGUGAAAGGUGGUGGGUAGUGUCUUCACUUUGAAGACCUUAAUUGUUCACGUCUCAUAUGCAGCCUGGACCAGAGUGAUGGUGUAAGAACUGAAAUUGGGGGAUUGAUCAGUAACCCGUCUCCUCCCUCAGCUUUCUGAUGGAAGAAAGAAUAAUUUCCACGCGGCAUUAAACCACGGGCUUGCAGCUUUGUUUGUCGAAUGAAUUAUCCAACAAAUCAGGUUUCACUCGUUUGCUGCAGCGAGUUCACAAAGGUCGCUUGAGUUUUUUAAAAUUUCCACUGCAGCCUCUCCUGAAAGGACUCGACAAACACAGGUGUGGCUCUGUAAAUACUCAACGGGUCACCUCCCCCGUCCAGAGGUCCGCACUGCCCUCAGUUUCUGCGGUUUCCUGGGAGGAUGUCGGGUCAGCUUGUUAACAUGAAGCCUUUCCCUGCAGUAGUUGUGUGUUAUUUACACCAGUGUUUCCCCCCCCAGAAAUAUCCGCAGGGUCAAAUCAAAACAAACUCCUGCUAUUUUCAUUUCUGAGGACAUUUCUGUGUCCACUGUCAACCUCCUGUUGAUGACUGAGCUCUGUGGUUUUGAAAUUAUCAUCUCUGAAUCUUUGCAGCAAAUAUCACAGUCCAAAUCAAGAGUGUUAGUAUUUUCAACAAAACUCAGCAUUUUGUCGCCAAACACGCAUAGGUAUAGGUUAAAGUGGAAGCUAUUAACUCAUUCAGUGCCACUGACAGAUUUUGACUGAUUGUUUAGGGGUUUUUUUCCACCAGAGGGCGCUCCUUCCCAACAUGCGAUGAAGUUUGGGGUCGUUCUGAGCGCCUAAAAGCCAACAAAUAUGUCACAACAAUGAUACAAUAACAAGAACAAGUACUCGCCAGUUAGGGGUGUGUCAUCAAGUGUUAGCCUGGCUGGACCAUCCAGUUGCGUGAAUCACUUGCCGUUCCUUCACACAACAGUCUGGACUUUGGCCAAUCGGGAGCGUGUAUUAGAAAUCAGAAAAUAACCGGGCCAAUCCGUGACUUUGUUUCCACUGUUCCCCGGACAACAGGGAAAGGCAGCCCCUGAUUGGUCCAUGUGUAGAUGGUGACGUCUAACACAUGCUGCGGGACUUUCCAAAGCGCCGUUCAUUCAGAACGCCGUUAAUUCUGCAGUUGACUUUGCAAAGUCGGCAGAAAUCGUUUAUAUCCGCAGAAAAAGACGUGAAAGACAUUGUUCGCUCGCACACGUUAAAAUAUUACCAAACCUUUACUUGAUGUUUGAGAGCCCAGCAGGGAACACAGUCGCGCACUGUGAUGACGUCAGAUGUUACGGUGAUUGGUUACAGUAGUCUGUCUAUCAAGGAAAGUACUCCCGCCCACUUUUAGGGCUCCCAAUUGGCCGAAGUCCAGACUGUUGUGGGAAGGAACGGCAAGUGAUUCACGCAACUGGAUGGCCCAGCCAGGCUAAUCAAGUGUGCCCAUUAGUCGAGUUCUGGAGUGUUUUUUUUUUUUCUCUAUGCGGAGGGUAAGAAAAUGCCGAAGUCAUUAGCCAAGAGCUAACGGUCUUGGCGCAUCGGCUCCCAUGGGCGUGCUGCUUCUGUCUCUGGAUAGCGAGGGGAUCCUGGUACCGGAUCCUCACAUCAUCAGCUGACAAUCACAGAAACAAUUUUCCGGCGUGUCGUUGUGCCGCUGGUGUCGGUACUGGUGAGGGAGACUGAGCCGGAAUUCAGCGUCAAUCCCGUCGAGGAGGAUGCGAGCAGUCCGUGUGGUUUAGGCUUCGGCACCCAGCUGUUACAAAGUGACCUAUCACAAUUAGAUGAGGAGUGAUGUCUGAGGAGGGAGGACCUUGAUGCCACCGGUAAAGUAGUUUGAAGUGAAACGAAAUAGACGAUCAAAGUUCUGCUUGAAAGUCUCUCCUUCGUUUUUCUCAGGUUCCUUUUUUCCAGAUCGGCAAAGAUGAUAUGACCACGCUGCAUUGAGCAGGUAAUAACCAAACACAAGAGUGGGCUAGAGACCAACUUUUUUUUUUGGUGAAAGAAGAGAAUCACUCCUUUAUUUUGAAAUAUUUCAAUUUCCAUUGCGGUCGAUGGUGGCACUAGGUGAGAAUAUCAUAAAUGAACCUGGCACUGAAGGAGUUAACAACCUUAAAAAUGGUCAGGAACGUUUGUUUUGUUUUGUUUUUUAGCACCUGUAAGAAAUUUUAAAACUGUAUUCUGCCUGGAAUAUUUCCACUGACAUGCAAGUUUCUUAAAAAAUAGUCCUAUCAUAAUUUAAUAUGUUUAAAAAGUGCAGAUUUUAAGAUUAUAGACUUUAUUAGUUUUAAUCUGAAACAGCCAACAAAUGCUGGUCCGACUAAAUCGAAAACUUUAAAAUAAUUUCUGGGAGCUGUGGAGUUUAAAGCUGUUCUGUUGGCCUUGUAUUUUUACUUUAACUGUGGUUCAGAUGUGGUAAAAGUGCGUGAGUUUGUGGAGAUAUCUUAUUAAAGUCUUGGUUCUCUUUAUUGUAAAAAAAGAAGAAAAAAAAGCAGAAAAUCUUUUGUGGGAAAACUGGAAGAAGCAAAUGAAGACGAGUUGUAGCUGAAGAAAAUUCAAUGCAUGGACAGUCAAUACUUUUUAUUUUUGUGGAGAUUUUUUUCUAUUUAUUUUUAUUUAUUAAAAAAAAAGUCAGACUGCAGACAAACCAACACUUGAACUCUUGUUUUAAUUUCUCCGUCAGGAAUCUUAUUUCUUGUUUUCACUGCGAUCAUGUCUUUACUGAAUAAUUCUGGUUUAAAGGUGGAACAAGAACUAAACCCCUCACACGUCUGUGGAGUCGGGAGAGAGCACUGGUUUUUUUGUUUGUUUUUGUAAAAUAAGAUGUGCAUAUUUUACAUUGUUGAAAUUAAAUUAUAUUGUAUGAAAAUAAACUUGGUUGCCACUUCUUUAA